GUCCACUCAGACACAAGCUGUUAGACAGAACAGCCUCUCUCGCCUCUCUCUCUCGCUCUCUGUCGCUCUCUCUCUGUCGCUCACCCUUGUCCUCUCAGAAGCAGACAGCCAGCAGAGCAUCGGCACGGCAACAGAGCGACACCGGACGGACGGAGAAGAAGAGACACAACACCCUGAACAUUUACAGGAGGACAUCACCUGCUAGACAGUGUUAAUCAGAGCAGGAGCAACAGAUUGCUCUCAGUUGCAUGAAGCUGUUGCUGCAACUGAUGCUCUCCCAGCUGAUCUGAGCUGGAUCGGCGACACCUCCUGCAGAAAAUUCCUCCUCCUGGCUUUCAAAGUCAGAGUGAAAGAUGCUUUUGAUUUGUCACGGCACAAGGGAAUGACAUCGCCAAGCAACAGGAACAGACAGCUUUGAACCAGCACCUCCUCCCCUCUUCCUCCCUCCACCAGGAUUUGAGGAAGAGCAGACAUCCGAGCAGUGAAUGCACAAGCAGGAGGAGGAGGAGGUCAGACUGACGAGCAGAGUUCAGGGAGUUUUCAGUGAGACAGAAAAGGCAGGAUCAGGUCCUGUAGAGGAGCACAGAAGAGAGUUUUUAUUCUCUGAGAUAAGAUCAUCAGACCCUCAGCUGGAGCUCUGGGAUGAAGACGAGAGUGUCUGAGGGUAUCUGCAGGAGACCAGGAGCAAAACAAGAAAACUGAAGCAGAUAUGAGAAGAAGAGGAGGACUCAACUCUGCCCUGCACUGUCACAGAUAAAUUUAGAGAAGAAGAAACAAACUGCAGCACUGAAGAGAGGCUCCUGAAGGAUGGUUUCACUAGAGUUUGGAUCUGUGAGCGGAAAAACAGCACACCACAGUCUCCAUCCAGCGUCUUCUUCUUAGAGUAAUUCUUAGCACCGACAGGACUCGGUGCAAGUGCCUGGGGGUUCUUCUUUGACUCUUCUUGAGGUGGAUCUGCCGUGGGGGGCAGCUGACAGCCGUCCAAGACGCCGCGCGCCGUACUCCGCGUGAAGAAUGCCCAGCCGCGCCUGGCCAAGCCGGCCGACCCGGGCCCGACAGCGGGCCUCUACAUGGAAAGAUCACAGAGCCGCAUUAGCCUGUCGGCUUCCUUCGAGGCCCUCGCCAUCUACUUCCCCUGCAUGAACUCCUUCGAUGAGGACGAUGGGGGUGAGUGAGAACCGACUAUGAUAACCGUAUGAUAACACACAUUCACAGCAGGCAAAAAUGAAACAUAGAUCAUCUGCACAUGGUGUUACUCACCUGGAGAGCUGGUGUUUCUGUUCACACAUCAGGUGAUGUGCUGCUUCCAUGCCAAGAGGACGCUCUUGCUGUGUAAACGCCUUUGGACAUGUGCUUAAACCCUUUACAUCCAGCAUGAGAUAUAUAUAACCAACAGUACAAUCAUGUAGAUUUAAACAUGUCUGCUGACACUAAGUUACUGUUAAAGUUAAUCCAUUCAUCCCUCCCUGUCCUGAUGUCUCUGAAUAGAAAAACUGUUUGCAUUGGUCAACUAGUCAAAUUUAAAGACCAGUACCUUUACUUUAAGCAGGCGGGAUAUGAUCAGCAGCAACUUUUCUGCAAACUUCAGAGAAACACAAACCAUCAUCUCAAACACAGUCAUUGUUGAUGUUUGAAACACUUCUGGUCACAUAUCUGCAGAGGAACUUUGUUUAUUAUACCCAUUAUUAUACCUGCAAUCGGUGCUGUCUCUGCAUUCACUCACUCUAUGCAUGCAUGCUUCCUGUCACCACUUUAGAGUCUAUGAAUGGAUGCUGCUCCUCUGCAAAAACCCACCACACACACACACACGCACGCACGCACGCACGCACGCACGCACGCACGCACACACGCACACACAGUUGGGUUGCAUAUCUAUCUUUGUUCAUUUCUGCAGAUAAAAUCUGUACUCCUGUGUUUCCUCUAAUAUAGAUGCCUCUGAUUCUUGUCUUCUUUAAAAUUACUGCCAUGCACUCAUUGCUGGACGUCGUUUUUGCAUUUAGAGUUGGCUGUAAAAUAAAUAAGCACUUUGCAGUCCAGGCAGGGUUGCACUACCAGCUUUCACUGUCAAUAUUUCACCCAAGUGUGGACCACGUUCCUAAAACCAAGACCUCUCAAAUGUUUUGACCAUGAGCCUCCAUCCUGAUGAACUCAUGAAUGAGGUUUAAUCUAUUCUGAUCUGGUGUUAACAUGCCUGAGAAGCAGACUGUACUUGGGGAGAACAUUGCCACAGUAAUUGAGUGAAAGUCUGACUUUGUGACAGCUCUAAUAACAUUUAAUGAAUUCCUAACACUGAACUUGAGGUCAGAUGAAGAUGGUUGCCGUGUGAAUAAGGUCUAUACGGUGAUAUCCCUCAAACAGACCAUGUGUUAGAUGAAAUGUCUUCAUCACACAUGUUGCUUUUUGUUACUGAGUGAAGCUUGUUCUCACUGUGAUGAUCCUACUCUCCAACUUUGUGGACAUCAUAGGUCACUUAUGUGGAGAAGUUGCAUCAGCAGAGCAGGUCCAGGCAGUAAAGUACGACUUCUGUGGGUUAAGGUUUGACGCUGAUGGAUUCGUGUUUGGAGCUGAAAUUCUCACUCCUCAGAACUUCAAAUUUUAAAAUGGGUGUUUUUUUUUUUUUUUACCUUCCUCCUGUGUUAGAUUUUACUACACACCCACAAGGCUAACGGGUUGGUUUCGACCCUCGUCUUAAAUCAGCUACAAAUUACACUAAAAACAUUUGGUUCUCAUCUCUCGGUUACCUUGUUAGGCUUCAUUAUCCAUGAAAAUAUCGCUUAUAAUAUUUUUUGUGCUGGGCCGCUGGACCUUUCUCUGUCAGUGAGCCCCUAACAUGGACAUCUAUAGUGAAUUGAUAUCACAUGUCUGGACAUGUCCAUUGUUGGUUUUUGUGCAGAGAAAAACAUGGAAAAAUGAGAAUAUCCUAAAUUUCACAUAAUUGGAGGAUGAUCCGGGUGUAAGUGCACUUAUGAUUUCAGUUUUGGCUCUAAUUAUUGCUUUUUAAUUUAACCGGGUCGACAGUGACCCUAACACGACAGGUGCCGUUAUUUCUGCCAGAGUAUUUUAUAAUUUAGUAAGUUGAUUUUUUUUUAUUGUGUUGAAAUAGAAGUUCCUGAUAAUGUCAAAAAGUCUUAAUGCAAAAAAAACACAUUUAUGUGGUCCUUUUACCAAUUAAAAACAGAAACAGGUCGGUGCCGACCCAAACACAGGGGGAGGGUGUUAAUGAGUAGUAAAGGGAAGAGCCUCUAUGACGACUUGACCUGAUUGUAUAAUUUGCAGUCUUCCAUCUUUGCUGCUUUCUGGACCCCAAACAGAACCGAUCUGAUUUUUCCCCCCGUCUCAGCACUAUCCAUCAGCGCCUUUAUGCCUCUGUGUGUGAGCGGCAGAGACCUGAGUGAUCCCGUCAGUAUCUCUGUGAUGAGAUUGUCAGAUGAUGUAAUUCGUUUUGCUCUGGACUGGUUUUAUUGCUCCUCAUACUAAUCCUGCCUGGAACAUUUCGGAGCAGGGUUGUCUUUCGGAGGAGAGGAUCUGAGGAGGAGGAGGAGGAGGAGGAGGAGGAGGAGGAGGAGGAGGAGGAGCUGACAGGUUUCUGAUGAAAAAUGUGUGAACACAUUUAUAAGGAUAGGUAAUAGAUCUAAAGUAGGUCACUGUGUUCUUCAGAGAGAUGAAGACAUAAAAAAAAACAUUUCAGAUAAAGAGUUUAUUAGGGUUGGGGUUUAUUCACAUUAGUCUGACGUUUUAAGGGUUAUUUAAGGAUAAAUUAAUACAUUUAUUAAUAAGUUAAUUUGUUAAAAAGUUUUUUUUAACAAAAUGAUGCUUUCUUUCCAUAAAAAAAGCACAAUUAUGGAUUUAUUCAUUCUUACAGGGUGUCAAUUUUAACGUUUUAUUGUCUCAUUCAUUUUAAAUAACAGCUAAUUAAAGUUGAUCAGGGGUCUUUUAAUUAAAAGUGCUUUAAAGUGGAGUUCGUAGGCAAUAAUAAAUGUUAGUAACAGAGGCUCAUACAGUUAUAUUAAUUCAAGUUAACACCUUAUUUAAUAACCAUCUAACUGAUAAUAAUUAUCAUUUACUGUUUUAUCAAAUUAGUUUAUUUCACAAUAUUCAAACAUGCACUCACAUUAAAGUAAAAUGAAUCUGACCUGACUCACAUUUUCAACUCCACCACAGAAAUAAUAAACCAUGAGACUUUAGCAGUUUACAAGUAAACAGUUCUUCAACGACAGACCAUAUCCUCCAGGUUCAGAGUUUUUCUGCUCAGUUUUGCAUGUUUCGCUGAAUUUCUGCCCCAUGACCCAAAACUCUGUUUUAAGGUGAUUUUAGAGCUUAAGUACUGCUGUUAUAUCACCAACAUUCACAUCAUAAAAAGCACAAGAGAACAACUGCAGCUUGGUCAACACAUUUAACACGACUUUCAUCCUUUAUGCUCUCGUGGCUGACGAGUAAAGGUGUCAAGAAUAAAACACGUUAGAGGAGGGACGUUUGUUUUUAUGUCUUGGCCAAUCUUACAGUCCCUGACUUUCAUAGUUUGUUCAGUUUGUAAAAACUCUUCGACCCCCUUUGUUGUUUUCUCUCUCACAGCAUUUCCAUCUGUUGUUUUUCUGAACUCUGUCUUUAAACAUACCUGAAGUCCAGCUGCUUUUUUACCCCAUCUCUUUACUGUUUCACCUGCAUGUCAGUGAAUUUCUGCAGAGACAUUAAUUGUGAAAGUUGAAGCUCGAUCAAAUCUAACAAUGUGCCGAGAGAGAGAGCAGCGAUCAGGUAUAAAGAAGCUGCACCAUUAGGUGGUAAAGUCAAGAUUGUCAAAACUCUCCUGUUGUUGCAUCACCACAGGAGCCAAUUACAAUGGCCUCUGGAGGAAGCGGUUUAGUGGGUGGGUGGACUACAUAAGCAAUGCAGAGGCUUUCUGGACUCUGUGUCUUCAGGGCUGAUUGGCUGGAGGACAACUGUAGUAUCCAUGGCGAACAGAAAAAGAGUGUUUUUCAUGAAAUUGGACCUUCACAAAUUCUCCCCAGCAACUCCACAACUGCUUUAAUGACCCAGUUAGCAAAAACUCUGUUUUAUAUCCUAAUUUCUACAAAAGUUGGACACUUUCUGAGAAAUUUGCAUCCUGAUAAAGUCUGGAUAUUUUUGAGGAAAACCUACAGUGUGUGUUAUAAUAAUGUUAUCUCGAUAUUUAUGGAAAAGUGGAAAAUCAAACACUAAGCUUUCUGAUAGUCUUGGCUGAUCAAGCCGAUAUUUGAACUCUCUGUUUUAAUAAGUCGGUACAAAGUAUGAUCUUGGUUUCAUUUUAUUGCGUCUAACUGUAGAAGGAUAAAAAUAAUCAACCUUUUUUAUGAUUUAAGAGCAGAACUUACAAAUGAAUUUUCUCAAUUUAACUGGUUGGAGGUUAGGCUGAGAUGAGGCGUUUGUGACGUCUCUUUAGAAAUCAGUCACUCAUAUUACCGUGGCCGUGUUUUAUACAGUCUCCAGUCUCAACCACAGCUGACUGAUGAAGAGAUGAAUGUCUAAACUAUGAUCUGUAUCUGAGAAUCAUAACCACAUCUUCUGCAACAGGUUUUAAACUGCUGACUGACUUUUGUUCCUUUGAGCUUCACACACAAACAUACACAUAGACUCACACACACACACACACAGACUCACACACAAACCUGAAUGAGCACUCGUGCAUUCACGGAAAUACGUGAACACAAAUGUUUCUGGAUACACAUGUACUCACAGGACGAUUUCAGUCACACACAUAUAUGAAGGGUAUGUGUGUGUGUGUGUGUGUGUGUGUGUGUGUGUGUGUGUGUGUGUGUGUGUGUGUGUGUGUGUGUGUGUGUGUGUGCGCACGGUAAUCAGAGCGGAGCGGCAGGCCGUGGUUUGUAGCUCUCAGUCUAAUUAAAUGCUAAUAUGGCAGCUGACUGCAGCUAAAUAGAGGCCUGAUUGCAGGUUCAUUCCCUCUCUCUCCUGUGCUGACUGGAUGUCUCUCUCCCUCAACCUCUCAGCCCACCUUUUACUCUAUGACUUAUAAAUCCUGUUUUGCAGGUUAACUCUGUCUUCCCACCUUUAAUUGUCUUUUAAUCACCCGCUCCCUCGUUUGCCUUCACUCUCUCCCUUCACUUCAGGGUUUUUCAAACAAUAAAGUAUUUUUCUAAUAACAGCAGAGCAGUGAAAUACUGAUGAUAUAAGGGCAGCUUAACUGUUGGAAAAACAAAAUAGGGUGUUAUAUUGAGCAUGUUUCCACAGGUUUGGGCGAGGAGGCGAAACAUGACCCAUCACUUCCUGUUAUAGUCAAAUAUUCAAGAGUGUGAAGUCAAAACAGACACCUCAGCUCCACUCUGGGGUCUGUCAACAUGAACUCAAAUUUCUUUUUUAUGAGUUUAUUUAUAGGAGGUUUUGUGACAUUAUGGCAUUAUAUCAUCAGACAGUUUGAUUGUGAGAUAUAUCAGCGUAUCAUCAGCAUAGAGGCAGAAUCAGAAAUUAUGGUGACUAAUAAUGGUGAUAAAAAGAGAUAAAAUAGAUUGUGAACUGAUCCUUGAGGUGUGCAAACAGGUGUCUCAGUGGUUGGAAGACUGGUUGUGCUCUUUACGACAGAUAAUUUAAUUCAUUUUACAUGUGGAUGUGUAUAUCGUCUGAGGUUGUUGUAUGUACAAUGUGAGAGUCCAGUAUCCCACAACCCGACUCAGGACCCUCCAUCCAUCGGAUUUGACGUCCCAGUUCUCAAAAGAAUGAAUUAAGGAGAUUUCAAAAAAUGGUUAUAUUUAAAAUCUAACCAGGGCGGCCAACCUAAAUCAUUGGGCAAAAAGAAAAUAAUAAAACUCAGUGAAAUUACAAAGCUGUGUCAUUGCCUUAGCCACAGAUGACCCAAAUAAACUGAAUGAGUACAGACUUGAUAUUUCACAGAUUUACGAGCUCCUUAAAAGCAAAGUCACCCUAAAAUCAAACACAGAAGGUGAGCUCAGGUAAUCAUCAUUUUACCGUCACCUCAGAAAAACAAAAGCAAUACAUAAAUCUCAAAGUGUCCUCACAUCCCUCCCUGACCUGAAUUAGUGUUUGCUGUUUCUCUCCUCUGUUCACAUGUCUCCCACAAUGAUGAGACACACACACACACACACACACACACACACACACACACACACACACACACACACACCUAUAAUAUGUGUUAUCUGGCAGCUCAGGUUUCAGAUUUCACGGCUGAUGGUGACAGACUGACAGCUGAUUCCUCUGCAUUACAGAGUGAAUGAAUGUAAAACAUGAAAAAUGAUUCCAAACUGGAAUCCACCAAAUCUCACAGAACAGGUGGAGAUAAUAGACCAUAACCAUCCCCUGUCUUCUGUGCCACCAUGUUGGAUUUCUCUGGCCAUACAAGGCCGACAUAUCGGAACUGAGAACCAGCUCCAACUAGUUUGGGGCAGGCCAUAAGUAUCAUGUCCUGAAUGUUUCCCAGUUUGAUGCAGUCCCCUUAGCUCUUCAUGCAGCUGAAAGCCAUGACACAGAGAGAGCAAACCAGAACCAAGGACUGAAGACAAGCUCAGUCCAAACUGCUGUCAUAUACCUCACAACGUUGUUCUGUUAGCAGUAUCAGCUCUAAAAACAGGACUGUGUGAUAUACCAACCUGCUUUAAAAUCCACUCACUUCUACAUGAUAAACUCUGUUUCUGUAACACUGAGGGACUCUGCAGAUAAGAUCAACAUGUAUCUGGAUCCAGUCCCUCAAAACUGUGAUGGUUUUUGUAUGCAUCUUAACAUGGGACAGAAAGAUCUUCAGGUUCACCCCCUUCCCUUGGCCUUAAAUCUGCUGCAAGAGGAUUUGGGUUAGAGAAAUCUGGACUCUCUAAAUGAUUUUAAAGUUGUGUUGUGUCAUUCAUCAACGUUUCAUUCAAAAGCACAGAACUGCUAUGUGAACGACGUGAAUGGAAUCACUCCGACACCUUAUUCGUUCCUUUUUCAGUUUAGUAAACGUCUGUGAACGACCUGUAUCAGUCAGUGAACGAAACAAUUUGUGAACGACAUGCUUCAGUCAGUGAACAAAACAGUCUGUGAACGAAACGUCAGUCAGUGAACGACAUGUAUCAGUAAGUGAACGGAAUGAUUCAGUCUGUGAACAACAUGGAACGACUUCCGAUUGACUUGAUGCAGACAGAGGAGGGAGGAGUCUAGUGUUGUUCACUUACUGCUGAGCACCGGUUUAUUCACUGAGGCUAAGAUAAAACAGUGCAUUAUAGUGCCUAAACAUUAAUACAUGUGUAUAAACUUUUCUGCAAGAAAGAACAAAUUUUAGCCAAUUUAAAGCCAUGUGCUAUUUGAUAUCUUUAAAAUGUAGCAGAAUCCCUGCGACAGCUGCAAUGUUUAUUUACUUUAAAUCUCUCAACUUUUCCGCGAUAUAAAAGAACAACCACUCAGAGGACAAUUGCGGAACAAGCAUGUGCGUUAGUGGAUUGCAAUGCUCGUAAGAAAGCUAAUCAUGAUAUCAGCUUUCAUUGUGUCCCUGAAGACAUUUGUGUCCGAGAGAUGAAUAGCUCCUAUGUUACCUGCCACUUCUACUACACUGACCCAUCACUUGAGUAGUACUACUUCAAUUAGUAAAAAAAAAAAAAUGAUUGAAGUGGGACUUUGGAGACCUUCUUUUAUGUGAUCCAGGAUAAAUUAACAUGUUUUUAGUUCACUAUUCUGGUGCUGCAGAUCUUUGCUCGGGAACUCUUGUGUGACGGAUUAUUAAUCUCAGUGAGGCUUUAAUGGCUGAAAAAUGUGAAUAAAAUUAAUAAACAAUGAAACUAUUUAUGCUAUUCUUGUUGCACCAAACAGUGCAAGUGCCCUGUUUACAUCAUAAAGAUUUAAUCCAGAUUCAGAGGCAUCAGCAUGCUUCAAAGUUCACUAUUUAAAGUAGAUGCAUCAUGUCAGGUUUCAUAAAUCAAUCACCAUUUUCAGAGUGUAAAUCUCAAGAAACUCCCCCUAGCAUAUUGUGGACAAAUUGAGAGUUCAUAUUGGAGGAUUUUCUGGACCUUAAUGGGCGUGGCCACGGCAGCUUGUCAAACUCUGAUGUUUCAACAUAAAAAAGGAAGUUGAUGUUGCUCUUUCGUAUGACACUCAACCUCUUUAAAAUUUUAUUUACAUGUUUAACAUCUACCUCUGAACAUAACUAUAUGCUGAUUUUUCUUAUAAAGUCAUAGCACCACCUACCUCUGCUUUAAAUCCCAGCUUCUUUUGGUCACGGUUAUAGUUAUAGCACCAACUGUUGAAAUCGUCAUUACCCCUGUUCACUUGUUAUUCAUUGCUGCUUGUUGCUUUAAUUUUAAGUCUGCAGUUGAAGAGUAAGGAGUGAAAUCUUUGACUAAUAAUUUCAGCAGGAAACACCUGUAAUUAGGAUCCAUAAAUAACUCAGUCAGCAUUAUGGAUGAAGCAUAAAUACAACCACUAAGCCCUGAAACACACUGUCCAUUAUCAGCAAAGUUACAACACCAGAAAGUCAUUUUUCAAAUAGUAUACUUGUUUUGGAGGUUAUUUCUCCUUCAUUCGGAGCUGCACAUUAAUCAGAUUCAGAAAAAGGCGCAGCUGCUGCUGCUGCUGCUGCUCACAAAGACUAAUUGAGAGCAUGCUUCUUUGUUUGCUGCUGUAUUUCUCUGCUGCAGGGACCUUCUGUUCCCACAAGAAGAUAAAAAUGAGGAACCCUUAAUUUCCUGAAUGAACAAAGUCUUGAGUGGUGACAGCAGAUUUUUGCUUCUGCUUCAUCAUGGUUUGUUUCUUUUUGUGUGCAUUUCACUGUUGUUAAAUUGCUUAGCUGUGCAGAAACCAUCAUUUCUCUGCAGGACCGAUGAUUCUGGUGAAGACCUUAUGAAUAAAAAACAUAAGAAAGGCCUCUGAAGGUUUUUUUUAAGAAUAGGCAAUGUAUGACAAUUGUGCAACUUUGUGCAACAGACACGUUUUGGUUGUGCUGAGGCACUGAACUUACUAACAGAUUGGGUUGCUCAAAUUGAGUGAACGACGCGCAUUCAGGUCAUCUCAACUUGAGCAGAUAUUCACAUUGCAAUAACCAGUCAGUAGGUAGGUUCCUGGCUACGUAUGAAAAUGGACUGGAUGUUCACUGAUGUGAAAAUAUAAACACAAAUCCUUUUACUCGCAGUAGACAGAUGGACAGGCACUCUGUAGCUGGAAUAGAGCGCAUGUAAUCGGUUCCUGGAGGGAUAUCCUGGCACCGACCCUUACCAACAGGUCAUCAAAGUGGGUUCGGGUGACCUGAAAAUACCGCUGGAAAUGGCUGUCAUCCAGGCCCAGCUAUUGGAGGAGACCCAUCUAUGGUUGUGGGCCUUCCACAGUGAAAACAAAGCAGCAAUCAGCUAAACGUGGUUCACUCCUACCAUGCUUGAUGGAGACUCUCCCCCUCUCUCAUAUCCAUGGCUUUUUUUUAAAAAAAAAAAAACAGGACUAAAAAGGAGCUCGCCUGGAGGAAAGUAAGUGAGGAGGUCGGGUUAUCUGGUUGUUUGUAAAAAAAAAAAUACUGUUGUCUAUCACUUGAUCCUGCUGGUUGAAUUGGCAAGGAUCACUGUUAAAAUGAGCAUAAAAGGAUAACCACGGCUUUUAAGCUCGCUGUUGAUGCACAAAUGGACUUCAAUGAUUGUCAUGAAUAUAGCAAAUCAUUAGCGUGAACGGAGCAAGUAAAUACUAUUCAUCCACGCGUCUAGGUUCACGCAAAAAUUAAGCGAGUAGAUGAAUUUACUUGCGCUUGGUGUGAACGCCCCAUAAUGCAGCCCCUCAUUUGAACACACGGAGAGGAGAACUUAGCACUGUGCAGGCAGAGUCUGUAUAAGAUAUCCUAAAAAGUAAACAUGCACAGGAGCUGUGAUGCUGUUACCAUCACAGGUACCCAGAAAACAGGUGAGUAAGUGACACAGAUUUUCCAUCUUUGAGCUCAUGAAUGUUGGGACACAUGUACAGACUGAUAAAUUCACAGGCUCACAGAGUCUACUCUUAAUCUUACUGGAAUCAUGCAAGGGUAGAGAGCUGCAAAAGUGACAGCAUGACAGUGACAGUUGCUGAUCGUUUUGGUACUUAAUAGGUUAACUAGUUGAUGGCUUCUCUCAGUAAGUUAAUUCUUGCUUGGUUCAGAUAAAUCACCUAAUGGAGCUAUAGUAACUUAACUGUGUGUGUUUGAGCUGUAUUGAACAUAGUGUUGGGAAGAGCAGUUCUUCUAAAGAUUCAGUACUGAAUCUUUAGAAUUGGUUCAUUAAAAUGAUUCGUUCAAAAGAUUUAUUCAGUCAGGGCUUCGGAGCCCCGUCCUGCUGGGUGCAGUACAUGAGUGAGUGACACAGCGGCACUAAGCGGGAGUUCGUUCAUUGACUGAGCCCCUCCCCUCCCCUGCUGCUGAAGUCAUAGCGUUGUUCACUGGGUGAACACAUGUCGUUCAUUCGCCAAGUCGUGAAAAAAAAAAAAAGAAUUCCUCUGCCCUGAAAAACUAACCUCUCUGUGUGCCGCUGACGUUUGCAUCGCAACGACAGUGAAACAACACAGCAGCAAGCAGCAACCCCACAAACGGGCAUGAGUUGUUGUUCUUUUAUAUCGCAGAAAAGUAGAGAGAUUAAAAAUCAAUAAAUACUGCAGCUGUAGCAGGGAUUCUGAUACUUUUAAAGAUAUCAAAUAGCGUAUUGCUUUAAAAUGGCUGAAAUUAAAUCUUUCUUACAGGAAAGUUUAUAGACAUGUAUUAAUGUAAAGGCACUAUAAUGCACUGUUUUAUCUUAAAAUACAUUCAUCCUCAGUGAACGAACCUGUGCUUGGGAGUCUGUGAAUGACACUUCGCCUUUCCCUCCUCUGCCUGCCUCAAGUCGUUCAGAAGUCGUUUUCUUUCGUUCACAGUCUGACUGAUUCAUGUCUUUCAUUCGCUGUGAGCCCACUCGCUGGCGGGCUGGCUGUGUCAUUUGCCAGAGAGUCAGAGGCGGCAGUUCCACUCCCAACCGUCCCGCCACGCUCGUGACUGAGCGCAAUUGAACUGAGAAAGGAUUGAAUCAGGUCUUUGAGUGAUUCCAUUCAUGUUGCUCAUGUAGAAGUUCUGUUCUUUUGAACGAAUUGUUCAUGGACAACACAACACAAAUAAAACAGAGACUCAAGUUCAAGCAGAGUCCACUGAACCGUUAGACUAUGCAAGGAAAUGGACCAGGUUCUGUGUAAAGUGGACCAAACAGCUUUGAUGUGAUUAGGACUUAAAUGACAGAGUAAGGCCCUGAAACCUGCAGGAUGUGUUUAUCGUGUUCAGGACAGGACAAGAUGACAGGUGUGUGCAAGAGUCAUAUUUCAUAGUUGUGCAAAAAGAAAAGGGUGUUCUUCAGAGAGGAGAAAAGGCAAAAAAGUUAGAUCUGGUGGGUCAAACAUACUCCUUACUCCAAAAAGGGGUCUUAGGUAAAACCAAGUCUUAGAUAAAUCCCCAUACAACCCUGCUUUAAAACUACAAACUACCCCUUUAAAUGAGAGGGCCAUUGAUCAAACCAACUUAGGCCCGAACUACACGAAUGCGGAUAUAUUUCAAACCGCACAUAUUUAUGUCUGAUUAGGCCUCCUUACCACACCAAAACGGGAGUUUGGAACACUCAAACCGGAUAAAUCUGAAUCCGGAAAAACAAGUGGAGAAAUAAAAAAAUAUCCGUAUCCCGUAUCCGUAGUGGAUUCGUGUGGUUGGACUUUUACGGAUCGAUGACGUCAAACUGCAGCUCGCGCAUACGACUUAAAAAGAAAAACAACAACAACAACGACGGCAGACAGACAGGGUAUUCUUUACGUUUGUUUUGCCCUUUUGGGGCUAAUUUCAGCCUUGCAAGUGAACCUUGUUUUACACAAUUACAUCCACCAGUCAGCCAGCUCACAGACGCGUCUGCUGCAGCCAAUACUUUUAUUGGUCACAUGGUCCGUCACAUGGACCCGACGCACUAGCAUAGCUUCCGCAAACAAUGCAUGACGCAUCACGCUGUUACGAUUCAUCGGCCAAUCAGUUAGCUUUGUUCCUGAAUUUUUUUAAGCGUCACCAGAUAAGAUUGAGUUUGAAGGCUACGUGUGGAUGCAGAUAUUUUUGAGAACUAACACGUGUGGACAGAUACAUUUAUUUAGACGGGAGUACAAAAAUAUCCUGAUAAAUAAAUAUCCAUAUACGUGUAGUUCGGGCCUUAGAGUGAGGUCAGGCUGAAAGUAGGAGCAUGCUCCAAACAGCACAGUGUCAUAAUAGCAGCAAAGAUAAUGAGAUGUCACUUACUGAGAGAGGAUCUGGGCCAUUAGCCUUCAACCAAUCAGAGAGCGGACAGGGAAAGACAGAAGGACGGAUCAGAGGAGGGAAAAUAGAAAGAAAGAGACUGAUGGAGCCGGGAAAGCAGCAUCAAUCAUACACCAACGAGGAGAUGUAUGGACGGAGGAAGGAGAGAAGCAUGAUGGAUUUGAUGGAGGAGCAGUGGGAAGGAAGGAAGGAGGGAGGAGGUGAGAAUUGACAAAUUAAAAUGGCUCGGUAGGUCCCGUUUUCCCCUCCCUGCUCGUUAACCUUGUUUUUAUCCUCUUCCCUUGUCCUCUUUUACCUCCUCUGUUUCCUCAUCCAUCCUUUGCCUCCUCCACUUCAUUGAACCAUCAUUCCAUCUUUGUGCUUCUCUCAAACUAAAGAGAAAAAUGACUUUACCAUGUUUCUAGGUGGAGGAUAAAGUUGUGUUUUAACAGAGAAAGGCAGAAAAAGAAGAGUUGAGGAAGGAAGCACAGAGCUGACAGUGAAGACAAGAGUUAGAAAGGAGAAAGGGAGGAAAAGGAGAGGAGGCGAGAGGUCUCUGGUGAGCUUCUGAGCUAAAGAGAUGACCCAGAAAAGUCAGGAGUACUAAAUGGACUGCCAGGAAAGGAGGUCUGCUCUAUGGGGAGGAGGAGGAGGAGGAGGAGGAGUCUGCAGGUGUUCAUUUGUUAUCCAGGGCAUUAUGGGAGCAGAGAAGGUGUUCAUCAGUGUGAAGCAGGAGCAAUGACUGCUGUGGAGGUUGUUUCAGAAGUGGCAGUGUUGUGAAAUAUAAUGAUGUCCCACAAUCCAGCUGUUACAGGAUGAUUUAAUGCUACAGAACCGCUCUAGGUGUUUUUGUUCUCCAUUUUUAUCAUGAAGUUCAUGAAGAGAAAUCCAUCAGUCCAACCUCACUCACCACGGCAUAGAUUUCUUUUACCUUGAUAGGACACUCUGCGAUGUUGUACCUGCCUGCUGUGUAUCCACUCCCACAUUUCGCCCUCCAGCUCAUUGUUAACUUUGUCCUGUAAAUGUGGGGUAUGGGUGAAGGAAGGAUGUGAGGUAGGAGUGAAAAAAAAGAUGUGAGGCAGGAGUGGAGGAAGGAUAUGAGACAGGAGUGGAGGAAGGAUGUGAGGAGGGAGUGAAAGAGGGAUGUAAGACAGAAAGAAGUUAGCUGAGGUGUGGAGGAAGUCUUCCUGACUCUCCUCAAGCGUUCCUGACCUUCCUGAAGUCUUCCUGACCUUCCUGAAGUCUUCCUGACUCUCCUAAAGAGUUCCUGACCUUCCUGACUCUCUUGAAGUCUUCCUGACUUUCCUGAAGUCUUCCUGACUCUCCUGACAGGCUGUUUUGUGCAGACAUAGAGCACACAGAGUCGGACAGGUUGUGGAGUGCAGACAAAGCUCAGGAUGGCUCUCUCAUUGCUCUGUUACAUAAUGACAGCGAGUCAGAUUUCCUUCUUAAUGACGACGCUGUGUUUGGUUUGGAAUUGACAGGAAAUCUCUUUUUUUCUCUUGUUGAUCCUCUCAGCUUCGACAGCCUCCUCCUUUUGUCUCUGUUGACAGGUUCAAUCCUCUUGUAAAUUUGUCUGGUACAGAUGUCUUUUAGUUAUGAAAGAAGUCUUAUUAAAGAGGAGGGGAAAAAAAGACAGCACUUCACCCUACUGUUUUCACUCCACCUUUUCUUCUCUCCUUCUCUGUCAAAUUUAUCUUCUCCUCACCUUCUCCUCAUCUUCAGUCUGACCUCCUCAAUGUCUGCCCUCUCCUUCACCUUCUGUCCUUAACUCAUCUGCUUAUUUCCUUUUUUCUCUCAACAUUAUUUUCUCCUUCCUCCUCUCGCUCUCCCUUUCCCUCCUCUCUCCAUGUUUUCUGCAUCACAAUAAUAACUGCACCAUUCCUGCACUUCUUGCUCAGCUGCUUCUUUUUAUUUAAGCAUACACAUAAGCAUACACACACACAACGAACCAACAAGAACAGAGGGGAAGACAGGGACAAUAUAUACACACUGGGAAACGAGCAACAGGUGAGGCAGACGAGACACAGGUAAAACUCAUGGGUGAUUAACGAAGUAGGGAAAACUAGGGAAGUAAAACCAAACUACUAGAAACACAAGAAAUCAACUACUGCUAAAUAAAAUAGGAAAUAAACACUUAAAACUGAUUUAAAGAAUAAAACACAGAAAACAUGAGGGAAACAGGGUCAAAGACAAACUGAAAACUCACAAGUUCAGACCACAGGGGAACAUGAAGACUCUGGAAAAUACACAAAAAAUACUCUCAGGUAACAGAACAAGAGAAAAAUUAAAUCAACACAACAUAUCCUGACAUUACCCCCUCCUUAGUGGAUGGAUCCCAGACAUCUCAAAAAGUCAGGAAACUAAGGCAGAGUGGGUGAUGGGGGUCCAGAAGGAGGGUAUAUGGCCACUGGGGGCAAAGAGCUCAAGGGGGCGGCCAUGAGGCCGACUACUGGAGGCAAACGGUUCUCUCCUUUCUCUUGUCCCCGCUUUCCUCCCUCCUUCCUCCUCUCCUUUCUCUUAUCUUCUCCCUCUUCUCUCCUCCCUCCUCUCUUUUAUUUUGUUAUCUCCUCUUUCCUCCCUCCUCUCUUCUCUCAAUUUCAAUUUUUCAUUUCAUUGAGCUUUAUUGGUAUGACUGUUACUACAAUAUUGCCACAGCAUUUUAAGACAACAACAAUAACAACAACGGUAAUAAUAAUAAUAAUAAUAAUAAUAAUAAUGAUAAUAAUAAUGAUAAUAACGAUGAUGAUAAUGAACAAGUUUUCAAUGGCAUAUUGACAUAUUUUGCUGCUUCUAAAGCAGUGACCCUUUGUUCUCCUAAGAGAGCCUUGGAGCUACCUCGCUCAACUUAGCGCGGUAGCCAGCGGUCUCGCUAAACGGUCUUACGACGCUGGUUAUCAGCCUCAUAAGUGGAUCAAGCUUUGCAAUGAAUGCGUUCACGCAUGUAAGGUGCAGCCCGCCGCAUCUGACCAAUCACUAACAUAGACCUGUCUGGAGUGACACAGCAGGCCAGAGAGCGAGGGACCGCGUAAUGUACAAACGAGGAGCAGGAGACCAUCAUGAGAAAGUGUGAAGAAUUCAAAUCUAUCAUAAACCUCAAAAGCAACACCAUCGCCACUGCAAAAGCACGGAAGGAAUGCUGGCAGAAAAUUGCCAACAGUCUCAAUGCGUAACUAUAGUGCGCAAAAAAUCUUAGAUGCCAUUAUCACCCUGAAAUAAUACUGGUCAACAUGUGCUUUUAACAUGCACCAGACAUGUCUAAUUUGUUUCCAAAAUGAGUUCAUUCAUUUGAUCAUUUCUAUCGUGUUUACAUUUUUGUGUGAUAUGGUAUGUAGGCCAUAUGAGCCUUUCAUAACGGUGGGUCCAUGCGGUCCCAGAAAACUCUCGCGCGCUGGAGUGCUCCUCAGACAAUGCGAGCACCGAGGUCUAUAGGAUCCUCUAAGAACGGACAAGCUAUUUUUCGAGAGAGCUCUUUGGUCAGUGGGCGGGGUUUUUAUACUCGGUGAGUUCAAUCUGGAACCUAACCUGCCCCAGAGCAGGUUAGCCAUUCAGCGUACGUUGCCAUGCAAACUCAUCUCGCUAAGAAGUGAACCCGCGUCAUAGAACAGGAAACCCCGAACUUACCCUCGAAGUUACCUCGCUAAGCAGUAAUCCUGCUUCGUAGAAUAGGCCCCUGGUCUGUGAGUUGGGUGAAGUUGGGUGUUAUGUGUGUGAGUUUGGUGCAUGUGUGUGUCCUGAUGUGUGUGUAUGGGUCACAGUGCAGCAGGAAGUGCUGCUCUGUCUUCAGCUGUGUGUGAGGACAGCCGCUCCUCUCUGGGCAGCCAGGUCUGCCUGUGGCGGCCGCUCUCUAUGGCCAGGCUGUGGUUGCUGAGUCUGUCAAGGUUCUCCUCAGUCUGGGGUCAGUUACUGAACUCAGGUAAUCUGCUAUGGAGUAUUGUCUGUUUAGGGCCAGAUAGCAUUGAAGUUUGCUUUGGGUUUGGGUUGUAGAUGUUCAAUAAUUGAUGUAAUUGCCUUUAUGCUCGGUGCUGGUGGAGCUGAGCUUGUGGACAAAUUGGCUGAGGAGACUCCUGUCUCUGCUCUCCUCUUGGCUCUGCAGGGCUUUGUAGUGGUAGGAGCUGGGGUCACUGGCUUUGAGGUGUUGGUAGAAUUUGAUUGCCCUUUUUUUUAAUUCAACGUGAAGAUUCUUUAAUAGACCAGAGGGCUCUUCUGCCCUUGUCCCGCAGAUCGUUAAUGGCCAGACUGAAAUUUCCUGUAGGUGUGAUGUUUAGUCCGAGGUGUGUAGCUGCGUGUGUGUGUUGUAUGUCUGUAGAAUCCAGGAGGAACCAGUGUUGGUCUUUCUGACACUUGGGUUGUUUCUGGAAGACCAUGACUCUUGUCUUAUCUGGGUAAACGGUAAGGGCCCAGGUCUGACAGAACCUUUGCAGAUAAUCUUAUUCUUUUAGUAAAGCCUCCUUAGAUGGAGACUAGGGAAGCAGAUUCCCUAGCAGAAUCAGAUCAUCCACAAAAAGUAAGCACUUGACAUGUCUGUCAGAGAGGGUGAGACCAGGGAUGUCUGACUCUUCCAAGGAUUUGGCCAAAUCAUCAAUGUAGACACUGAAGUGGGUGGGGCUGAGACUGCAGCCCUGCUUUACCCCUCUACUUUGGGGGAAAAAGUCUGUUUCCAUGGUUCCAAUUUUCAUCGCAAUUGAUUAUUUAUGUACAUUGUUUUAAUGAUAUCAUAGAUUUUUUCCCCCAAUACCUUUUUGUAGUAAUUUAAGAAAUAGACCCUGAUGCCAAAUUGAAUCAAAUGCUUUUUUGUAAUCCACAGUAGUGGUGGGCAAAACCGUUCAUUUCAGUGAACCGGAUCGUUCCGGUUCGUUCAGUAAAAAGAUCUGUUCAUUUCGGUCAUUCGGCCUCUGAACGAACGAGAGCCUCUUAGCUCCCUUUGUGACAAUAACAUCAAGUAUUUCCAACAGAUACGCCUUUGCUGACAUUCAAAACACAGAGAGAUCUAAGGAUAUGUAUUCAACAGCUGUGCGACUUGGGACAUUCUCAUGCACAUUUUUUUGAAAGUCUCCAGGUAACAGGGUCACUUUUUACACCGAAACACCGGCACAUUGACCCAGCUAAACCAAGGUAUAUAGCUAGGCUAGCUGUUUGUUAGCUUAGCAUGCUAAACCUUCUGCUAGUGAGUCUCUGCCUCUGGCUGCAGCAGCAGCUGUGUGCCUGUGUGCGUGUGUGUGUGUGUGUGUGUGUGUGUGUGUGUGUGUGUGUGUGUGUGUGUGUGUGUGUGUGUGUGACUCUCCCGCUCGCUCGGGCUCGGCUGUGGGCUCGUGCGGCACUGUUUGUUGGACUUGUGAGUACAGAUACCCCCGCAAGAGACUGCCUUAUAGUUUAUUUUAUUCAGUACAUCCCGUUGUGUUCACAAGUCGGUCGGCUAGUGACAGGCUGACAGCACCUUGCAGAGAGUGAACGCUUGUACUCAGUCAGUCUGAGAGUCGGUCAAUCUCUCGGUUAGACCGAGCUGACUGAAAAGACGGGGACUGGGUCAGUCAUCAGUCCCGGUCUUCCAGUCAACUCGGUCAUCGGUCCCGGUCUUUCAGUCAACUCGGUCUUUCAGUCAACUCGGUCAUCGGUCCCGGUCUUUCAGUCAACUCGGUCUUUCAGUCAACUCGGUCAUCGGUCCCGGUCUUUCAGUCAGCUGAGCUCAGUACUGCUGCUGCUUCUCUACAUGUCCUUCAUUUGCCAAGUCCUGAAGGAAGAAUCACUCCCCUGCCCUGAAAAACUCACCUCUCUGUGUAUCGCUGUCAGCGGAAACAACACAGCAGCAAGCAGCACGUCCGCUAAACAAGCGCAAGUGGUUGUUCUUUUAUAUCGCGGAAAAGUUGAGAGAUAAAAACUAAAUAAACGUUGCAGCUGUAGCGAGUGAUUCAGUUCAUGUCGUUUACUCAGCAGUUCCGUUCUUUUGAACAAACAUUCAUGAAUGACACAACACUAGUGUGAAUCCAAUGUGACUCUUGCUCAGGACAUGGUGCUCACUGUGGAAGUUUUGCAAGUUUGGCUGUUAACGAUGCUGCAGAAUAAGUUUCCUAGGUUGCUGCUGACACAUAUGCCUCUGUAGUUGUUGGGCUCAUACUUGUCUCCACUUAUCUCCUCUCUCCUCUCUCCUCUCUCCUCCCUCCUCUCUCAUCUCUCAUCUCUCAAAUUGCCGUUUAGAGGCGGGUCCUUCAGUACUUCCAGUUCACCUGAUCCAGAGAUGGUUUGUCUCAGGUCAAACACACCUGUUGAUAGUUAAAGGAGUCUAACCCAGUUUCCCUCAGAAUGAACCCCUUACGGUUUUUUCUCUGCACAAAAAAACAACGUCGGGCAUGUCCAGACAUGUGAGAUCACUUCAGUAUAGAUGUGUGUAUGAGGGGUAUACUGACAGAGAAAGGCCCAGAGGACCACAACACAAAAUAUUAUAUGCAAUGUUUUCAUGGAUAAUGAAGCCUAACAAGGAAACCUAGAGAUGAGAACCAAAUUGGAUGAUAGAGAAUUGUUUUUAGUGUAAUUUACAGCUGAUUUAAGACACUGGUCGAAACCGACCCUUAACAUAGUGGUUGCAUAGUAAAAGCUAAAAUAGGAGGAAGGUUAAAUCUCCCGUGUCCAUGAUCGCUCUCUCUCCAGACCGUUCCUAGCUGUUUUCUGCAAACACCCUGACAAUAAAAAGUGAAUUUUUGAGGUGAAAAAUAAAAGGGCUGGUCCGGACAGAGUUUAUCUUUCUACCAACACUGACCUACUGCCAGCAGUAACAGGCGUUAAAAUCCAGCAGAUCAAUAAUCCUGAUGGUUUGUUUUCUUUGGUAGGUCACAGUGAGUCACCAGUGCAUCACAGUUCAGUUCAGUCUGUUUCAUGACUCAAUAAAAAGUCCUCACAGCAGGGACGUCAGAGAAACAGCAAAUGCAUCUGUUUUGUAUUUGCACAAACACACUUAGUCUAAGCUCCAAAAAACAUGCAGCGUGUGCAUGUUUAACAGUCAGCACAUCAGGGUUUUAUUCUGAUCACAGUUUCUGGCAUGCAUUAAAACCUUUUCAGUCAAGUGUUCCUAAAAUCAAGUUGUUGGAUAAACUGAACAAAUUAUGUUGAAUUUAGUGAACCGAUAAAACAAAUUCAGGAUUUACAAAAGGAUUGCACUCCGACUCUGCAUUUAAAUAAAUAAUUGAUGAAUUUAUCUCCAGACAAGCCUCACUGUGAAAAAGUCAUCUUCACAAAUCACUUCACACAAUCUUCACAAUCUUUCAGUUCUACGUCUGUAUGACCUAAAAUGUCUGUGCAGUCUGAUAAGACUCUGAAACUAGUCUGCUAUUACAAGAAGGUGAAUCAGGCUCAGUUCUGACUAAGACAGAGUUUUUAUACAUGUGGGCAUGCUUCCUUUUUUAAAUCUUGGAUCAGGCGCCAUCGCCCAUCUUCAUGAGGGAACUUUUGUAAUUAAUAAGUAGUAAUAAUAAGUGCAGAUUUAAUUGGUGGAUGGGGUGCAAUGUGACUUUAAAAUCUAGCAUGAGAUAUUUCCUGGACUUUGAGGGCAUUUAGUGACUACAGAGCUGCGUAAAAAGUAACGCCCUCGAGCUGUGUCUUAAAAGAGCUGCUGUGAGUGUUUUAACAGACAUCAAUGUGGGAUAAAUAUAAAGUUUAGGCACUUCAGAUCAUGCUUUAGAUGUCCCAGACUGACAGAAUCAAAAGUUUCCUCCGGGAUAAAUGUUUGAUAUUUCACUUUAACUCUACUCUCUGUGCAGAAAGCUUCAGUUUAGGAUCACCAUAUAAAAUUUCUUCUAUUAAAAAAGGAUUUUUGAUUCCUGCUUUUAUCAGAUUAGACAGAAGAGCUUCAGGGGGGAGGAUGAGUUAAGUUGGGAGGAAAGGAGAGCAUGCAGCAGAGUCGAGGUUAGGAAUUUGAACCAGCAGCUGCAAAAACGAGGUCUGUGGUCUCUGUGCAUGUGUGCACUCGAACCUGGAGGCCAAACCAGCGCCUCUGUGUGUCCUCUUUAAAAGGACACAAAAUCAUGUAACCAAAACAUCAGCAUGAGGUGUUUCAGCUGUUUGAAGAAAAGCUUUAAAUCUUCACAGCUCUUCGACCUGCAGCGAGAGAGAGCAAAUAAUGUGGCUCGAAUUAAAAAGACCUUCAGUGAUGGACAGUUUGCAAACAAGCUUCUUGAGGACGAGUUUGUGCAGAAAUACUGAAUGUAAAAUAAUACAUUGUCCGUUAAAUUACCUCCACUGCACUUUAACUUGAUUUCAGGAGCUGCUUUGGAGACAGUUUCUAAUUCCAUCUGGUUAUUUUUAUAGUUCUGUCUUUUGUGCCAUGUUUUCAUUACCGAAAAUCCUUGCUCAGACAUUUUGCUCAUUUUUAAACGUCCUUCUUGGAGCCUCUUCUUCUAUAUUGGACAUAAGUCUCAUAUAGACUUUGGCUGGAGGAGGUUGCCCCAGUGCCAGCGAACGCAGAAAAUAGAUGACUCUGUAGAGUGUGUGAGCUUGGGUGUGCUUACUGAAGUGGUUUUUCCUCUCUCUCUCUGUGUUCCUGUUCAAAGCUGGAGCCAGAAUCAAGUUAAUCAAAUUGGUUUCAUUGUAAACACAAAGACUUGGAGCAUGUUAAAGUGAUUUGCUCUCCUGCAGCAUCAGAUAAAAGCGUCCCGUCGCUGCAGAGGAGGAGAGAAAGAGCGAGGACGGAUGGAGAGGCUGAGGAGCCUCACUGUUUCCUUCAAAGGAUUUCAGGUGAAGAUUUUCAAACUUUGGCGAGCUAAUCCAAUAACAAGAAUGAAUAAAUGCAGCAUUGGUGUGAUAGGUCACACUGAGAUUAUGUCCAAGAGUGUUUGUCCGACUCCACCAAAGAUGAUUUCCAACAUUUGCAUCUCACUGAAGAGGAUUCUUGGUGGUUCUCUGAGGCUCAUCCUCCAGACAUCAAAGAACAUCACUCGGCUGCUCUUGGUGUCCCAUCUGCAGCACAAUCUCAAGUAAAAAGAGUGGUCCAGUCCUCUUAGGUCUCUGUCAGAGGACCUAGCCAAGAAGAUUGGGCAUCUAGUCUCCUCUGAAACCAAAGAGUGCAAAAUGGGCUCAUAAUGUCAUCUCAGCUGAAGGUGUCUCCUUGAAAAGAUCAUGUUUGUGUGAAUUGGGGGUUUAGUCUAAGCCCCAUACAUGAACAAACAUAAACUGACUAUUAUUAACUGCUUAUGACAGGAGAAGAGAUUCAACAAGUCUGGCUCUGCCCAAGGUUUCUGCCUCUUAAAACAGUUUUUUUUUUUCACUACUUUUGCAGAGUGCUUGAGUAAUGAUGCCAAACCAAACAUGUGCAAGAAAAAUAUCUGCAGUCCCUCCUGAUGAUCCGAAGCAUAUAAUUACAAAUACAUUCAUUUGUAACUCCAGACAUACAGUAGAUUCAGUACAAUUGCAUGAACAGAUUUCAUGAUAUAAGUGAGCCAGAUUAAAUAAACACCUGCUUUACUGCAGCCUGCAUAUGACAUCUCUACAGGGACAAAAGAUGACAGUGAGUCACAUUUGUGUAAGCAGCCCUGAGGCGAAUAUGUUAAAAAACCAUCCCUCAGCUAGCUGCACGAAAGACACAGAGGAAAGAUGCUGCAGAGCUGGAGCAACAAACUCCGAACUUUAAGAGGAAUAGAUGUUCAAGAGAGGCUGAGAGGGCCAAAGCGUCACAGGAAUGGUGUUUGAAAUCAUCACUUUACAUGACUAGAUCAUUUUAUUGGAAAACAAUGAAGGUUUUUGUCGUCCUUCAGAUCCAAGCUAAGUCCUAUUGUCCUUCUGCUACAUUUCAGGAUCUCUACAGCAGUUCUUAUUUCAUUUUAAAAGAAGGAUAGAAACAUUAAAAUGAGCAUGUAAAACUGAUUACAUUGUCCCUCCUCUGCCCUCCCCUUAACACAUCUGAGUUUUCAGGGACACAGCAUCAGCCCAUGUCCUCACAGUUUGACAGAUUCACUGUCCACUCAAAGAUUUUAACGUGUGAAGCUGACCUUACACCAAAGACGUGUGAGGUUAAAACAUGAACUCUCUCAUGUUUAGCGACCUUUGGGAGUUUAGAGGAGAAGCUGUAGCAAUUCUCUUCACAACCCAAGUGUGCUCUUAUAUCACUGAGUUUAUGAAGGCAUACCUGUGCUAACACACCGACAUAUAAGCAUGAAUAACGGUGCAGUGAGGAUCAAUCUUAAUGAGAGUGACAACCCUCUAACUCUGCAUAAAGAUCCACCAUCAGGAGGUCAAACUCUCCAUGUCUGCACUGCAGUAGCAUUCAAACAUUUUCACUAAUUUUGCAGUUUAUUGGAGUAAACGUGUGUCUGUGCAGCCAUAACCUCUGUGUUACAGACCAGACACUCCUCACUGUGUCUUCAUUGAAUGUUUUGUGUGUCUCUGUGGAGGUUCAGACUCAGUGCAGCAGGUUAAGAGGUCAUUAAUGAACCCAGGAUGGAUGGAGACUUUAUUUUUUGACAGAAAUGACUAAUCAAUACCAAGGUUUGACCAGAGUAUUGGCAGCUGCAGAUCCAUUCCAUAACUCUCCCACAGUUCAACGUGAAAGUCCAUUUAGCCUAAGUGGAGACGACAGAAAACAUCCACUCCAAUCUGCAGGGAGACACUAAGUGACAGCGAGGAGGAGGAAAAAUGAAUGCCACGAACAUGAGAACCCAAAUAUUUAACCACCAUAGAGGAGGUUUGUUAACAUGGCAAUCAAUUAAUCAAUAGGUUUCCAUUAAUGCAACAACAGAGAGGCAUCAGCUGAGACUUUAACAAGAGUAGGUCUGGAUUAUUGUAUUACUGUUUGUUAUAUUUCUGGAGGGGCCCAUUAAUCCACCACAUGUCCUUUUACUGGGCAGAACCAGACUCACUGGUGGACAGCCAUUUGCCUCAAUUUAAAGAUGCAGUGUGGGAUUUUUGGCAGGAUUUAGCAGGACUGCAUGAAUUUAAGGGUUCAUCCUGUUAAAAACAAGCCCACUGAAACAAACUGGCUCAAAUGCAUAAAAAGAAACUCUUUUUCUGCUCCCUGUUUCCUGACUUUUUGAUUAUUAAGACUUUCCUCAAAAACCAUCUUUCUCCUGUGUCCACCGGAGCUGCUGUUUCCCCUCAGUGACUCCUCUCCUCUGACUGUGAGAGUCUGUAACUGUACUCAGUCACUCAGCCCAGGUGUUUAAAAAUAGCACUUAACCGAACCCUUCAUUUUCAGAAAGCUUUAAAAAUGCUUAUCUUCCAAUAAAGUAAUUAGCUUUGACUCUGUCUUCCGGCCUGGGACGCUAUUUUUGGUGCCAAAAGGUUUCUGAAGCAGCUUCGUUUUCCUCUCCAGUCUUAGUCAUCACCCGUCAUCAGCUGCCACACCUCCACCGACAGUCAUUUUCAGACAAAUGCAGCUCUUUCAGGGCCUCCCAGGAUCCUGUCUCUUUUUUAUUAUGCUUGGACGAGCUGCUGUCAGAUUUUCUCUUUUUGCAACAAAUGAGCUUAUCAUGACAGAGCAGUUGCUCCUUAUCUCUUUUAGUCCCUUUUUGACCAUGAAUUCCUCUGUUUUCCAGACUCUGAAUCGGGUAGAUGAAAAGUUUAGGGAUUCAAGGAGGUGGUGACUCGUCGAAGGUAAAAAUGUUUCAAACUUUAGGAGGUUUCAGACAAGAAGGUGUUCAAAAGUCUCAUCCUGCAAAUUCAGACACUGAAGUUUCAGCAGAUACAGAUAAUACAUGGAAAUGUCCACCCUGGUCUUACCCUGGAAACAUAAUUUGCCAUAAAGACAGCAAUGCUGCAUAAGUUCAAUAAAUAUAGUUUAACAUGCUGGUGUAGAUUUACUGAAUUAACAUAAUUCUGGUGAUUAAGUGAUACUGAAGAUGUUUGAGUGGAUCUGAUAUUCAGAUUUUCUGAGUACUGAGGGAUGGAUGAGAAGCACUGUUGUCUUAUACUGAACAUAACAAUCUCUCAGAGCAGGAAAAGAGGGACGUGAAGAAGCCUUAGAUGCUCAUGGAGCUGAGUGUUUUUAGCAAUAAUAAUUGUGCAGAGCGUAUAUGAUGCUAAUUUCAGCGUAUAGAGUUUGACCUUAGAUGGAUGAUUUUGCAGCUCUGUUUGAAGUUUGGGCAAAUUCUGCCAUGAGUUUAUUUAAAUUUAUAAAGAUAAAAACGGUGUCUGUAAACUCUCCCUGUAUUUAUAUGAAGAUUUAAAGGCAGACAGAUCUCAGUGUCUCAAUCCUCCUCAAAGAGAUGAAACCUAGUUUCACACCUCAUUGUGUUUGUGCUCCUCCUUUCUCCAUCUCUCAGCGGAUAAUAUUUGACCACAUGUGCCUGAGGUCAGUGACUGAGGCAUGAGUCAUGGCGUGACUGAUGAAAACGUCAUUGCUGGUUGAAGUGGUGGGAUACCUCAUAAAUCACAGAGCGUUAAUGGUCAGUCGAGGUAAAGCUUUAUCGGAUUUUUGUCUCCUCUGUCUCUGAUUGUGGACUCACCAAAGGUUCUGCAUGCAUGGACGACAGAGGGUCGAACUAGUCCUGAGUAGCAUAUGGUAGGGCCACACGAUAAAUCAAUUUUUAAUCAUAGUUGGAUUAUUUGAUUAUGACGAAAAAAUUAAAAUCAGACAGUGAUAAUUUUGUGGCUAAAUAGGACAAGAGCAAAUCAGUCGUGUAGAACUGGUACAGCUUCACAGUUUCAGAUGAAGAGCAGACCACUCCCCGCUGCAAAGUCUGUCUGAAGGCGGUAUCAACCUGCCACACAGAAACGAAUUCGGGAGUAAACACUAAAGUUUUUUGUCAUAUCAGUGUUUAGGGUGACUGUAAACGGUAAAUGACUGCCAUUUCAUCUCCGUGUGGAUGCCUAUCUGCAUCUCUGGAAACGAUCAAGUGACACACAAUGUAACUCUUUUGUAGUGCCUGCACCUCACCAAAACAACCUUUAUACGCGUGCUCUGUACUCUUCUUCUGUCUUUUGUGCAUUUCCUGUGCAGCAUUACAGCGCCACUUACUGGCUUGGCAUAUGCACUACAUUGUUUUCAGUGGUUUUAUUUUGAGAGAUUAUAGAAAAACUUUUUAUUUUUAAAGUGAAGUUUAUUGAAGUUGUCACUGAAAAAAAAAUCUUUAGUUUUUUAGAGAAAAAAAAGGGAUUUUAUUAUUGGCCAAAAUAUUUUUGCAUGAAAAGAUGUCAAAUCUGUGCAGACUGAGUUAGUUUGUUUUUUUUAGCUGGAGCUGAAUCUUUUAAUUUGAGCUAAAAAUAACAGAAAGAGACUGUUUGACAAUAACCCAUCUGAAUCACACUGUCUUGCAUUAGGCUACAGAAGCUUUAAGACAGCGUCACUGUGUGGUUCCAGGUGAGUUAUGGCUCAGUGGUGGAAAUUGCAAAGGUGACAUUAAAGCUUGAAAACAGCCUUCUCACGUCUGCUGCAUGUUUGUGUAGAUGAUCUGUUUGUCUGUGCUUUUACUCAUGCAGAUGAUUAGAGAGGACGCACUUCCUCAGUCUAUCCGUUAGUCAGUCAGUCAAUCAGUCAGAGAGUGUGCCAUUUGGAUCAUCUGUCAGAUGGAGCAGCUGCUAUUUCUGUGUGUUCUGCUUUCAUUUCUAUCUCUCAGCUGGGAGACAAACUAAUGAGUCCUUCUCCUGAUUGUGACGUCACAACUUUUGUUCGUCAUUUCUGACUCUUUGUUCUCCAUCGCAGUGGGUGCUCCACAUCGCACUCUGUGAACUACAUUUCCCACAGACUCAGAUGGAAAGUUGAGGCUGAAUUUUAUGUUUUUUUGGUUUAGACUCACAUAGUCUGAGGUGAAGUGAUAGAGUUUUCUUUGCAGGUGUUUUGUGGAGAAGGUGACACUAACAGGAGAAACUUGGUGGAGAAACAGAGUGAAACUUUUUAUCCCUCUGACACUGAGUGACCAUAUUUCAUGAGUGUGGAUCUGACUCUGGACCUCCAACAUCUGUGAACAAAGAAACAGCAGCUGGUCUCACAAAUGUUGGCCACCCAAACACCUGUCUCCUGGGCUUGUGGAAGGACUAUGUAUCAGGGUCAUUACCUGUCGGAGGUGUGAAAGCUCUCUCUGGACUCAAACACAUAAACCUUAUGGUAAAUAGAAGAUUUUACGUCCCCUGCUGCAAAUUGAACAAAUGGCUGUAAAAAUGCCUCAGGUUAAGGCUGCACGAUAUUGGAAAAAAAUAACAUUGCGAUUUUUUUCAACCCUGCGAUAUAUAUUGCAAUAAUAAAAAAUACAGGAAUUUUCACCAGAUGACCUGAAUAGCACUUUAUGUUGUGCUGCACUGCUGAAAUCUUGAGGACAGUUAACCUGCUCUGAUCUUACCUCUUUUUGUGAAUGUUAGAAUGGCUUCUGUCUGUCUCAGAGAUAUUUUUAGCUUUUAUUGUGCUGGGACGUUAUUGUGGAAACAGAUGAACACAGAACACGUGUUUUGGUCGACAUUAUCCAUCUUGUUACCGAAAUAAUUGCGGAUAACUGACUUUCCUUUUCUUUUUGGCAACAAAUCAUCUUUGGUGGUUUUCUCUGUGUGUUGCUCAGUUUGCGAUCGUUGUUGUUGUUGUUAAAGGGGUUGUGCUGAGAAACGCAUGUCCUCCGAGAAUUGCAUGCACCUCACAAAACGCACACUGCUUAUAGUGGAGUGGUCCACAGAAAUGUACAAUUUAAAACCCAUACAGUUCUUAUUUGUGGGGCUAAACAGUGAUGAGUAAUGUUCCAAAAGUAAUUCUCAGUGGACAAGCGUUUCUCGGAACAACUCCGGUAGUGCCAGCGACUCCCUCCAUGUGCAGAACAUGUGCAGGGGUGGGUUUCCUCCUCUCUGAUUUUGAUUGACAGCUGGCAGAGUAGUCUGACUGGAAACUGAGAACUGAGUCUGAUUGGCAACUGAGUAAAGAACGAGGGGGUGAUUGGUGGAUUGCUGCACAGCACAUGCAGAGUCACAUGCAGUGUAUCUCAGUCAGUUACCCUUGAAAUUAACUGAGUUCAUUCACCUCCGACAUCGCAGGCUCUGCAAUGUGACUAUCGCGCACACGUACAUUGCGAUGACGAUGCUCAAACGAUAUAUCGUGCAGGCCUACCUCAGGUGAUAAAGUUGUAUUUUUCACUUUGUGCGGUAUGAAUGUAGAUGACAGUUAAAAUAUGAUCACUAAAAGUGGUUCAAUCAAAAGACAGAAACUUGAUUGGUUUAUUGAAAAAUAAAGAAUCUUGUUUUCGACAAAGACAGACUUUCAUUAGAUGUGGGGGGAUGGAUAAAAAGAGAAUACUUUAAAGGUGCUGCAGACUUCAUGAAUCAGUGUAGAAAUUUGGUGAAUAAGAAAAACUGUUGAUCUUCCAAACUCGUAUCUCUUGACGUGAUUAGCUGGGGAAGAUUGGCCUGAGCUCUGCUGCGGGUGGAGAGUGUAGAGUUGGAUUGAAUUGAACUGAGAUAAUAACCCAUCAGCUCUGUGAAAGGGUCACCGCCAAGCUGAGAGCUCGGUGUGUCUGCAGCCAUUAUCCACCUGAUGAAUCGGUUAUGUAACUCCACUCUUCCUCAAUACUCCGCCGCCGAAAAGAGGUGAGUGUUUUACACACUCACACUCACACACACACUUAGAAUGAAUAAAGUGACAUUUCUUUGUGGUAAAAUGCCAGCAGAGCAUUUUCACUGUGACAUAGUGAAGGCAUCCAUAUUGAACAGGUAGACAGUCUGGUCUGGAGGUUGGAGCUGCAGGACUGGGUGUUUUGUACCUGGUUAUGGGCUCCUUUUCUGUUUGUUUGCUCUGGUCUGGGUGAGCAUUUUGGCCAUGGACAUUUGGAUGAAUAUGAUAGUUUGUUGAGCCAUAUGUGAGAAUUCCUGAUAUCUCAAACGGUAAAUACGUCCGAUCUGAUCUGUGUGCUAUCAGUAAGAGGAUUCCUCAGGACAAAAACUCAGAGGACAGACAAACAGAGACAUGACUGCAUUACCUGUGGUCAUGUGACCACAAUGAGACCUCAACAAGCUUGAAAACUGCAUCCAAACAGCAGUCUGCAAGUGCGCCAGUAAAAAGUUCAAAGUGAAGUAUCUCUGUAGUCUGACCCAUAAUUUUUUAAGCCAUCACAGAGACUCUGCAUCCCUGAUCCUCUGUGUGGUAAUCGCUCAGACUUUUAAAGUCCUCCUCUGUCUGCAGACUGUAAAGCAUGUCAUUUGGUUGGAUCCACUUCAGUCAUUUGUCUUUCUCUGUGGACUUCUUCAUGCUGGUGAUUCAGUCAGUCUCUUUUCAGAUGAACUCUGUGUGAUUGUUUUAGUGGGUUUGAAAGUUCCUUAUUCCAGCUCACAGGUUUUUCACACCAACCUUCGGGUGUUUUCCUCAGGCUCAGGUGUGCAUGUUCAGUCACUCCCUACACCACAAUAGAGCAUAUUGUGCUGACAGGGAGGAGUAAAGCAGAUUGGGUUGCGUGUAAAUCCAGACACAGGGUGAGAUUAGGAUUAGGCCUUUUGUUGUAUGACUACUCAUAUUUUUGGCGUAUCUGCUCAGGUUGCACGCUGUGUUUCAUAAGGAAUAAGAAUUACACUUUGACCCAGUGGAUGUUGGAUGAUGACACAAGGAAAUUACAAAACCGGUACUGUCUCCUAUCAUUUGGACGGAUCUGUCCCUUAUGCAACAUCGUCCUCUCAUGCUUUUGUUUCUGACUCACCGAAGUUUGAUCUUAAAUUCAGCCUCAGUACAGGAUCUGCUGUCUCUCAGUUUCAACCUCAUUAAAUAUGCAAUGAUCCGAGUGGGCGGGACUGCUAUGACUAUGAGGCAUUGUGCUGAUUGGCUGCCUCAGUGUUGUAGGAGAGAAGGUACAGGGUUGUGUUGACUGAUGCAAAGGCGAAAAACGCCGAAACCAAGUUAGUGAGUGCCCCAAGAGGACCAUCGUUAGUGCACAACUUGGAAGUGUUGAAGCCAAGGUUACUGGUACUGGUUCUCCUGGAGGGCUCGCCAGGUCUCUUUUAGUGUUUUCCCACCUCUGCAUUCAUCUGCACUCGUACGCACCCUCCACCCUUAGAUUACAUCCAAGUAGCCGAUCAGCACCUCAUUAUUAAAGCUUUACCUCACACUCAAAUCACUGCACAGAUGAUGAGGUCAGAAGCUGAGAGGCUGCAUAUCCUCAACAGAGGCCAACCACAGGAUGUGUCAUAAAAAGGUGUAAACAAACAGAAAUACUGUUUAUAUGGGUGCUUUAAAGUGGGAUGUUAUUUGGCGGAAGAUCAAUCAAAGAAUGGGCAUAUACAAAAAAAAAAUGUCACAGAGCCAAGAAUUGCAAUUCCCACGGAAUUCUGCUAAAGGGUGACUUGUACCUGGUGACAAACCACAUUUAAGGUAUGAGUAAACUUAGUCUGUGCAGGUUUGACCCUCAAACAGGUUUAUGGGAGUUUCGUGUUGGGAGCUGUGUGUUUUAAAUCUCUCAAAUGUAGUGGUCUACUUAUUGUAUCAGCGAGAAACUGAGAGGGUUCACAGCCUAAUAAGAAAGUUCGUCUGUUACUGUUUAACUUACUGGACCGAACUCGUCAGUGACGAUGGUUUGACCUUCUUUCUGGCUGUAGUGUUGAUGUCUGUGCCGUCCCUGGACCAUCAUACAAAUCCAGUCAGGAGGCAGCAGUUCUAACCCAAAUCUGCCAGAGACCCAUCCCACAUGAACGAUAGAAAUAGCAUGGUUCUAGGUCGCUCCUUAAUAACGGCACAGCUAACUUCAUGGUGCUUUGAGCAUGUGUGUGAGGGAGUGUGUGUCUGACUUACUUAAACAACUUUGACUGAAAUGACCAAAACUGGGUGGAGGGACAGUGACAUAAUACAGAGACUGAUUUAAUGGAGUUUGACUCCUCAAUAUUGUGAUUUUAACAGUGAUUUGGUUUUUCUUGAGAGGACGCUGUGUAAACCUGGUGUCACAUGGUCUCACUUUGUGUGUGUGUGUGUGUUAUUGUCUGGUUUGCCCUGUGUGUCCUCACUAUAAAAGGAAAACAACUUUUCUGUCUCGUCCUAAAAACAAGGUCAAAGACCUCAUUCCAGAGCACUUCAUUAUAAACUCACCUCUAUAAACACACACACACACAGGGGACACCUUGCAGCCACAGAUCGGCCCAUAAAGAGUGCUGUGCAUCGAUUUUGUCAUCCAUUCCACCUUAAGAUGUAUGUGUGUGCUGUGAGGGAUCGAGUGUGUUUGUCCUUGGCCCUGUUAAAGUGAUUUCUCAUUGCAGCAGCGUCCUUUUUCUGACACUGAUGAGGUUAAAACGGGACAAACAGCUUCAGCUGAGAGACCACAUAUACAGGAAAACUGAGACCUUUACAGCAAGAUAAUGAAAGUUUAAAAAUGGAGUAAACAUUUUGGAUUAGAGCGCAGAGUAAUUAAUUUCAUCAAAGAACCACAAAUCCUGUUUGGACGCCGUGUGAGACAUUGAUAAACAAAUCAGUUAAUUGGAAAGACAACACACUGACCGUUCAAUAGGGGAAAAGUCAGGACUGCAUCAGUCCAGGACUCUUCUCCUACAGAGCCAUGCUGUUGUAAUCCCUGUUGUCAGAAUGUGGUUUGGGAUCAUAUAAAGGUCUUUCCUGAAAAACUCAUUGUCUGGAUGGAAGCAGAUGUUGUUCAUAAACCUGGAGUUUUUGUUUAAAAGUGAGGAUGCAGCAUCUAUGAUUUCCACUUCUUCGUUGAAAGGGUAACUGGACUUACCGGGGACAUUUCGCCUAAGGUGAAAUGUUCCAAAUAAGUCCCAGGUAGUUCCAGUUAACCUUUCCAAAAGAGUGUUAGAUUUUGAUUUAUCAUACCUCAGGACAGUCCACGGACAAGUGAUAUUAAGCCCAUGCGGUGACUCUAACUACAGAGUCCUGAUGUGGAAGAUACCCAAGACAUGGACUCUGAUGAUCCCCAGAACAUCAGGGAUGCUGAUGGAUUUGGAUAUCAAUCUGUAACUGGAAAAGGUCUUCUUAGUAUGAGGGUUCAGAUGAAUAUAUUAGAGUAUCAUCAGUAUAACUUAUAACUUUUGAUAAGAUAAAGUGGUCCAAAGAUUGAUGCCUGGGUUACUCCAUAGUCAAAUCCGCCAAGCUCAGGGUCCUACUGUGGGCAGCAGCUGAUCAUUGUGUUGUGUUUGUUUCUCAUCAGUGGACACAGAGGGCAGGAAGCUGAAGGGGGGCAUCCAGAGGAGCACAGAGACCGGCCUGGCCGUCGAGAUGCCGAGUCGGACCAUCAGACAGGCUAGCCACGAGUCGAUAGAAGACAGCAUGAACAGCUACGGCUCCGAGGGAAAGUAAGUAAUGGUUUUAACCCACUCUGCAGCACACAGUAUAAAAACCUUUAUGGACUUAUAUCUAUGCCUAAAUGCAGAUCUUCUAUAAACAUGACGCACUCAGCAGCGUUUUUUUGUAGGACACUUUGAGCGCCUCUAUUGUGGAUUUUCCCACUUAUGUGAUCUCAUCUCUUUGAGUGUUUAAAACCCUAUGUGUUUGUAAAAUCUGUACUACCUUCAAGGUUAUGUAAGUUAUAUUCUGCUGUUAUGGUUUUUAUUUUAGACCAAUUCAAACUGGAUUAUGCAAACCACUGUCUCGCACUACUGUGUUGCGUCACCUUAUUUUACAGGGCGGUAUGCAAUGCUGUGACGUACAAAAAGGAUGACACGAAGACAGAAGCAUUAUCUCUCAAUUUCCAGAUGAACCAAGUCUCUGUGUCAUGGUUUUUAUUUGAGAUCGAUUCAAACAGGAUUACGCAAAAGAAAAUCUCCAGUGGUGGUUUGGGUUAAAAACCAAUUCCCAUUAAAUUUGGAGGGAUUUUUUUUACAUUUGUGGAGCUUUUUACUUGGAAAGUUCCUUCGAGCUUUUGUGCGUCCAUUUAAUUUUCCUCCUCUAGCAUCGGUGUUUCUGUAAUCCUUCAAACAGAGAGAGUCAGCGGGGAUGGACUCACAAAGACAGAGAGUAAACAGUAAAGCCCAGUGGAAAAGCACCUAUGACAUCAGCAAUAUGAGUGUAGUACUACUGCACACUUGCACUAACAAACACACAAACACACUCAAACACACACAGCCACAUGCAGAUCAGUGCCAACCUGGCUACCAGCUUGAAUUCCUGCAGUUACAUAACCAGAGACAGACCGACCGAGCAAGGGGGGUAGGGGGUGGGGUUAAAACAAACAGACGAGAGGAAACAUGGAGAGACUCAGAGAGGAUGAUUGCAUCAUUGAGCAGGAUAUUAAUACUCAUAGAUACUUUGAGCUGCUCGGCCCGUUUCUCUAAUGAAAAAAAAUAUGUGUUGAAAAUGUUAGCUGAAAAUCAACUAUACACACCAUGACACCAGUUUAUUGUUGGGGUACUCAGACGAGUCAAUAAGGCCUCUGAAUAAAAGGUAGUUAUUGAUCACCUUAUGUAAAUGCCACACUGAGGACUUAAUCAGAUUAAGGUUCAUUGUCGGAGUCCUAAUGGACGUUUAAGUAAAGUGAAUUAAAUUAUGAGGAAAUGAUUGACCAGAAGAGACAGAGCACUUUGAAUCCAAGCCUGUGCGGAGACAUUAAUGUCAACUCAGCUUUCUCCUCAAACUAAAUACAAACCUUCUCCAGUUACAUCCUCCAUAUUUGCAAAAUUACAUUAGUGCAAUUCUUGUUUGCAACUGCAGGAAACUCUUCAAACACAUCAUGUUGUUUCUGAUCAGGAUUGACCUAACACAGAUGAGUUUAUCUGACAAGCUGCUGCAGAAGGUUUACCAAAAAACUGAAAGAUUUCUAAAACCUGGGCUAGCUUUGAAAACAUCACAAACAUGACCAGACAGGUGUAUCCUGUAGUCUGCACCACAAACAGACUCAAGGUAGCGACUCCCAAAAACUGAAUUCUCGUAAAACCCUUUGAGGUCAAACUUUAGACUUUAAACAACAUUACGGGCUACAAGCGCUAACCGUUGCUAGCUGCUCCACUUCUUUCUUGUGACAUCCAUUACAACAGCAUUUCAUUUCAUUUUAUGUUUUACUGAAUAUGUUGUGUAAAUGCUCAUGUUGUUGCCAUGUUUCAACAGUGGAUUCUGGAAAAUCUGGAGACAAGAUGAGAUCAUGUUCCCACAUUGUUUAUAUCCUCGAUGGCUUUUAUAAUUGCGAUUAGCGUAGAUACUGUGGAAAAUGCCGGCUCCGCCACAGAUAUGACCUGUGCUAAUCAUACAGAACACUUUUUUAUUAAUCUAAUGUUAUGUAUUAAUUGCACGUUUUGGCGUUAUCAAUAAAGUAAACCACAUGAAAAUCAGUUAAGGAAUGAGCAACAUAUUUAUUUUCCAUGUACAUCUAAUGCCUUUAAUGGGAACAUUGCCCGCACCAAGAUGGCUGCCACGCAGGCACGUUGCUAAAAGGGCUGCUACAGUUCACUGGUGUAUCUAGUCUUUUAUAUAUAUCUGUGCUGACGAGAGCCUCUUGCUCCAAUUCACAACUUUCGGGUCACAACAAACAAGUGAAUGAAACUUGAAGAAUGAAACACAAGAUUUCCAGACAUGUAUUUUUAUCUUCGAUAUCCAUUUAAAGCAACAUCACAGAGAAUCAAAUACUGAGUUGUUUUUUAUUCUCUUAUUCUCUUGAUUAUUCAGUUCCCUAUUGGUUGUCUCCCGAUUUUUGUUUUUUCAUUUGAAAACAAAAAUCCAUUGGCCGCCAAGUAUACAGACCCUGUUGUUAUCCUCUGUUUUUAUCACUUGCUGUGACCAAGAGCUCAGGGCGCUACAAGGCAGUUUUAAUUAAACAUAGAUUAUCACACUCAGGUGGGUGGGUGGGGUUUAGUCUGCUUUCUAAUGACUUUUUUAGUUUAAACAAACUGACCAAAGGACUCCCUGUUGAAGCAGAUCUACUAAAGUUCAUCCAUUCAUGAGUGGGACUCUUAAUUACAAAUCUGCAUAUCAAAGAUCUUCAGAUGAUGAACCUCGGUGGAGGUCUCAGCCAUUCGAGUGCCCCUCUGUUGGUUAGUGUUUUUCUCUGAAGAGCAGGAAGUCCAGGGGCCUCAUGUAUCAAUACUUGCGUGGGACUCAUACCAGAAACGAGCGCACGCAAGGUCCAUCACGCUGAAAAAAAUCUGUAUGUAUCAAGGUGUGCGGGCGCCGAAAGCCACGUGUGUUUCCUUGAUAAAUCCCAAUCAGCUUGGAAUUGAGCGCAGAUGUCGGAGUGACCGGGCCCGCCCCCGUUACGCCCUCCUAUAAAUAUGCAGAUUUAUUUAAAUAGGGUCUCCCUGUCCUCGCACGCAGACAAAAUGACAAGAAAAACUACAUUUACGGCGUGCGAGGUGGAGGUGCUGGUGGCGGAGGUGGAGGAGCGACAGUGUGUUUUGUUUGGCAGCCUGUCCAGUGGCGUCAGUGCAAAACGAAAACGCUUGGAGUGGGAGAAAGUUUGCAAGAGGGUGAAUGCAGUGGGUUCCGAGACACGCACCCCUGCGGAGAUUAAAAAAAAGUGGUCGGACCUCAAGGUGGAGGUCAAGCGGCGUACAGCUGCCCUCCGGAGGAGUACCAGCCAGACAGGUGGGGGUCCAGGGGAGGAGACCCUCACGCCGUUUGAGCAGCGGGUGAUGGCGAUUAUUAUUAUAGGGUAAGUGGCGUGUCACACAAAUGUCCACAUGCUUUGCCAUCCCACUGAGCAAAAGACGUAUAUUAGACGUCUAGUCUAAGUUUAUACUUCAUUUCAACGUCGGGAUUCAGUCUAUUUUUAGACGUGAUUUAUACUUCGCCCUUAACUUCAUUUUUCGAUAACUUUUUAUGCAAUAAACAACUGUAAUGUGCAUAACUGACCUCUAAAUACUGGAUUACAUUACCUAUGAUACCGUGGAGAGAGAUGUAAACGCAACAGAUACACAGAAGCAGGAAUUGAAAUGAACCAAUAUUUUUAUUGUGUCACAGAAAUCAAUGUGUCGGCCGCAGCCCGUCCGCCGGCUCGGAGUCGUCGGCCAGGACCAGCGGCAUUCGGGCCACCCCGGCCCCCGGCCCCAGCACCAGCACCAGCAUCAGCACCAGUGCGCCGACAAGCGGUGGAGCGUCCACCAGCCGCGGCGCUUCCGCUGGACCACCCGGACGCAGUGGAAGGGUCCUCACGGAGGCGGUCCUGCAAUCGCAGGAAGAAAUCAUAAGGGGGAUCGCGGGGAUCAACGAGCGGCUGGACCGGCUCGUAAAUGUCCUCGAGCGUCUGGUGGCGAAAAUAAAUUAAUUUGGCUCAUUGAACUGUGUAUUCACUUCUUACCCAUUCACACUGUGGCGAUGAGAUUCUCCCGCGCGAGGUCGGCGGCCCGGCAGGGAUCAGCUCGCAUCCCUCCGUCUGCUGCUGGUUCGUCAUGUGGGGCGACGUGCUGCUCGGCCACGGGGAUGUGGUGCACGCUUGUCACAUAGUGAGUCACCAAACACCGCCACACAGCGUCGCCAAAGUGCCGUCAACGCAAGUAUCGGCUCAACGCCAACUUCUACACCACCUCCUCACUUUGCGUUGAUUAGCGCUGGAACCGACUCUCGUUUCGCGAUGAUAAAUCUGGACGUGUGCGCCGAUCUUGGCGGACGCAAGGUUUUCUGGCGCCGCCAGCGUUGAUACAUGAGGCCCCAGGACUCUCCAAACUGACCUUGGUGCUUCAUGUUAUGGUUAAUAAGGUCAGAGAACAAGGAGAGGGAGGCGGCAGCAUCAGAAUGAUUUGAUGGGAACACUUGAGACUUAAAAUACCAUUGCUGAAACUCUCGGUAUGUUUGUCAUUGAGGAGAUAAGUCUGAGGUUUCCCUGCUCGAUAAAUAACACGUCACCAACACUCACAUCUUUAUUUUCCCUCAAACCUGAGUCUAUUUGUUCAGUGAAAGGAGGAGCAGGUUAUAAAUGAGAGGAGAAACAGUCUAUGUGAAGUCAUCAGGGAGGAUUUAAUUAAAAAAAUAUAGUCAAACAUGGAGACUAAAACUACUGCUACAUCAGCUCUUUAAACAUUUCUUCACUCUGCUCAGCUAAAGAGAAGGAGGCACUAUUCUGCACAUAUUAAAGCAUCAAUCAUAUUUCCUCCUCUUAGAGUGUGACCAGGGGCCUCAUUUAUAAAGCUUGCUUACGCACAAAACCUGGCUUGUAAGUGCUUACGCCACUUCUUACGCAAGAGUUGGGAUUUAUAAAAAAAAACUAGUGUAGGAAUGUGCACGACUUUAAGCAAACUCCACACCUUGCUUACGCACUUUUUGGAGACAUUUGGAGCAAGGUGAGAACAAUUGGUUAAUGGAAAGUGCAUGUAUAAAAAGCCAUACAGUGACAGUCGUGCGCAAUGCAGCACAAGUUUCAAGUUUCAAGUUUUAUUUGUCACAUGCCUAAAUGUACAGGUACAGUGGCAGUGAAAUGAAAGUGACGUCUGCGAUUGUGCCAAAGAAACAGAAUAAUAAUAAGAAGAAAAUCAAAUAAUCUAUUGAAAGAUAUAAAAUAAAAAUAGAAUAAGAUAAAUAUCCACUCCCAUAUACAUCCUAUGAGCAAUAACCGUAAAAUAAAAAUACAUUUAAAAUAAUUAAAAAUAUUGACUCCUAUGUACCAAGUAAACAGGGUAACAGAGGUAAACAGGUAAAGUGACCAGUAAGUUAUCUUCUGCAGUACAGUCUGUUCGGGGAAGAAGCUCCUUUUCAGCCUCUCAGUCCUGGCUCUGAUGAAGCGAAGCCUCUUACCCGAGGGCAGCCACUCAAACAGUCUGUGGUUGGGAUGGUGAGUGUUUGAUAAUCCGUCUUGCCCUGGACCUGCACCACUGGGUGUAGAUGGCCGGGCAGUGCAGUACGGGUGAUGCGUUCAGCACAACAGAUGACUCGAUGCAGGGCCUUUCUGUCCUGAGAGCUGCAGCUGCUGUACCAGGCAGUGAUGCUCGCAGAAAGCGCAGACCCCACUGUGGCGGUGUAGAAAGUUUGCCAAUUUGAAUUUACAAAUGUGCAAAAAAACAAAUUCCAUUUACAUGCAUUUGUUUUAAGAUUAAUAUGACUAAAUCUUUUUGGUUUACAAACUUUCACCACAUAAGCAGCGGUGGAUAACAGAGCAGUUUUUUUUGGAACACAUGCAUGAGUGUCACACGUGCUUGUUUUUUUCUGAUCCUCACCUGUCACCGCCACGCUCCGACGGUGCAAAGCCACUUUUUUCUCUGCCUCCACCUUUAGAUCAGACCACUUCUUGAUUUCGGCACAGUGUUGUUUUCGUCAACGUCAUUGUCAACGAAAACAAAACUCGCGCGUGUGUGUCUGUGUGUUGGAGGAGCACAGCAGGCUGAUGAGAGCUGUCAGAGUGGACAGAAGCUGCUCCGAUAUGUUUAGCGUUUAACUGACUGAGUUUUUCAACUCUGUUCGUCAUUUUUGUCUCGUCCCAUCAACGUAAACGCACUUUUUUCUUGUCACAUUUUAGUCAUCUCCGACUUAUGUUUAGCUCGUCAACGUUACGUCUUCGUCGUGGAAGAAAAGGGAAAUAUUUUCGUCAACGAAACAACACAUUUCCCUUUUUUCAUGCUGGCGUUGACGAAAAUAUUUGACGAAAUAUGACGAAAACAACACUGUUUCCGCAACGCUGCGCUCAGUGCCAGCCGCAAUUACCGCCACGGCAACGGCGUUUUUAUUGGUGAUGCCACUCGAAUGGCCGCCGAAUAAGGUCUCCCGUCUCGCCCCCACCUCAUUUACAAGGACCUACACCUCGGUCUCUGAAAAGUUUCUUUUUCUACGACUUGCUGAUGCCAUGGUUAAGCGUGAAAUGCCGUGGAUCCAUCAGGCUUAUUUAUAUGCAAAUCACAUUCAUGAGGUAAUUUGCAUGACCAUACAUGGUGAAUUUUGGGUGUGGAGAGGGCGGGGAAGAAUCAAAUCCCUGCUGCUGGUCUGUGAUUUAUAAAGUGAAAGUGCGUGCAGGUGUGCGUAGGCAGGGUUUUAUUAAUCAGAUUUUUUUUUUGCCUACGCACUUUUCAGCUUUUCAACUUACGUACACUUUUAGUAUGGAUCCUACGCCAGGUUUUAUAAAUGAGGCCCCAGGUCAUUAAACAUGCAGCACAUGAUUGAAAUCAGUAAAUGUCUGCUGGCCUUCCUGACUGACUGUCUGUCUGUCUGGCUGUGUUUCUGUCAGCUGUUUGGCUCACUGUUCUGAUUGGAAAGCUCUGUGCUCUUUUACCCGCCGCCAUGAAUAAGCACUUUGUUAGCUAACCCCGUCCAAUCACAUUUAUGAGCUUAUUGAUUUAUGUUUGGGGCAGUUCAGGAGCUGGCAAAUCUGUGUGUGUGCUGGUUAUAGUGGUGUGGAGCUAACUGGGAAUGGUUUGCAAUGUUUGUGUAAGAGAUAUCAGAGUUUUGACUCACACUUUGUCCUCUCUGACCAGUUUACGUAACCCGGUGAUGAUCCAGUAAGAGCCUGUUGACCUUUGAUCGGUUAUAGUCCAUGUUAAACCUGCCGCACACUCAAAUAUAUUCAGAAUAAAACCUGAUUUUCAUGAAUAGUCAGCUCAGAUUUUCUUUACUAGCUUGUGACUCUAAAAAGAGCAGAGUCUUAAUUCUCAUGGGUCACUAAAAAGAUUCUAAAUUAAAGAUUAAUAAAGAAAAGCGCUAUUUGACUCCAAAGUGUUCCCUUUCUGGACCUGGACUGACUGUGAGGGCCCUGUGGAUGAGCAGAAACCACAUGGCUGAUCCUCAAAGAUCCAGAAGUGCUGUUGUUACCUCAUCUGCAGACAGUGCAAACUUUGACAGGCUUUCAAACAGCAAAGCAGAAGUGAGAGUUAAGGUCCAAGUCCAUCAAAAUGAGUUAAAUCAUACGAUGAAGUUGGCCCUGUCCGCUGAAGACCGUGGCCUAGCUUGUGUGCCAGCUCUCUCUGCAGUCAAAGGGGCCGAGGUGACCGAGAUCCACUCUGGCUAAAACACUUACUCACUUUGGAAAUGAAAUGUGAAAUGUUCCUUGAAACUGAUUGUGAAGGGACUUCACGAGGGACAUCUUAGACCCUGUUGUUGGGUCUGCAGGUCAGUGCAGAGGUUUAGACUGGAUCCUGCAGCUCUGCAUGUCAGGUGUUUAAUCACUGCAACUUGCAUCAGUAGCACAAUUCAGUUUAUGAUGCUCAUGAAAAUAAGAGGAUGAGUUUAGGAUGUUGAGGAAGAAUCAUUAAACAUGGAAGAAAAAACAGGAUCUGCGCUGAGUGAAAGACGAGUCCUGUAAUCGUGGAUGUUUUUACUCUUUACACGAUUGUGUUUUCCUCACCUCUGUGUUUCCUCAGUUUCCUUCAAUUUCUUAACAGAAAAACGAUCGUGCCGAACAGAGGUAAUGACAAUAAUUCAGUAUUCAUGAUUAUUUUGUGCAGCAGCUCAUCGUACCCCCCCCACACACACACACCCAGACACACACACACACACACACCUUCAGCAGUAGGUUUACAUUGAGCGUCAUAUUUCUGCAAAGCUGCGGUGUAAUCCCCAGAUGGGCCUCAUUCACAGCGCUAUUUUAAUCUAAAGCCCAGGAUUUUAUCACCCAGUAAUACGCACACUCAGCUAAUGUCGCUGACUUUGCAUGUCAGCGCUCUUCACACACACACACACACACACACAGGAUUUUACCUUGCUGCAUUGUUCUAAUAAGUUGUUUUAUUCAGUUUAUCUGGUUUAAUGAAUUACUUACUGCAGCAGGUGCACACACACACACACACAAACACACACACACACACACACACAAGCAUUGAAGCCUGUGAAGAGGGUAAAAUUAGAUGCAUUCAGAUUAAAAGGUGCUUAAAUAAAGUGAAAAGUACCAUUUUAAGUAAAAAAAAAACAAAAAAAAAACAAAUAACUCCAAACUGUCUCGCAAGAAAAAAGUUUUGGUUCAUUGUCAGAGGGAAAAAAGUCAAAAUAAAACAAGGAUUUACGAGUCAAAAAUGAGAAAUCUGAGUGUGGAAAUGUUUGUGGACUUAAUUCUGGAUCCUGGGCUCUUUUUUUAGCCAGACUUUUUAUUGAAGUUGAUCAUUUACUCCUGCAGGGGGCGCUGUGACACUCGCCUUCAGAGCAUCGUACACACCGAAACAAGUAAAAACACAUCUCCUCUGCUGCUAAGACAGUUUAACAUUUCUGGGGGUGUACUAUGAGAGAUGGUGUAAGUACCAGAUGUGUUCAUGCUGCCAGAUUGGCUUGGGGCCCGGUGCCUGUGGAUGAUGUCACACUGUAUGAUUGGCUGGAAGUUGGUUGGGAUGACGUAGAAGAUUGUCGUUUGCUUGGACAUUACGGAAGCAGUUUUCGCCAGAUUAGGUUUCAUGGGAUUGUAAUUCUUCAGAGAAAACAUGGACGAACUUUACGAAGAAAUCUAUCAUGACUUCUCAAAGAGUACUUAGGACAGUCAGACUAACGCCUAUUUUCGGAAAUAUGGAAUAAAAGCAAAACUAUCUGUUGAUAAAGGAAGAUCCUGUGUACAUUUUUUUUUCUUUUUCCUUUAUAAAAGUUUACGUAACCCGGUGAUGAUCCAGUAAGAGCCUGUUGACCUUUGAUUGGUUAUAGUCCAUGUUAAAAAUUUUACGAAGAAAUCUAUCACGACUUAUCAAAGAGGACUUAGGACAGUCAGACUACCGCCUCUUUAAGGAAAUGUGGAAUAAAAGCAAAACCAUCUAUUGAUAAAGGGACAUCCUGCGUACAUUUUUUUCUAUUUCCUUUAUAAAAGUGAACAUAUACAAUUGGAGCCAUCUAAAAAUUACUGUACAGUAAGUUGUGAUUCUCUGUAUUAUAAGGAAAGGAAAUUUUUAAGGUCAAUUAAAUAAACAAACAGAAAUAAAGAAAACCACAAGGGGCUUUUAACUGAGCACAUUUGAAUAGAGCGCAAUGUAAUUCGAAUAGAGUGCAAUAAUUUGCCCAAGUGGACUUGUGGUAAUUUGACGUCCUCAAUAGGGCAAUCUGGUACCUACACUGGCCCUGAAAAUGUUCACUGUGUAUUCUCUGUGAUCUGUGAUCAACAUAAAAACAACAUCAAAUGUAGAGACCAGGGGAAUAAAUCCAGACUGAGUGUACAAUAUGAUCUGCAUUAACUAACAUGAAAAUGUCCAAUCUGUGCUGAGUGAUUUUCUCUUCAACUUAAAAGUGUUUUCCUCCUCUCUAUGUAAUGAAUAUUAAACACCAUCCUGUGUGCCUGUGUGGCAGCCUUUAGCUGGAACAAUCUCAUAAAUAUUUCCUCACUUUUCCCUCCAUUUAACAGCAAAGACAAAGCAGUAAUUUAGGUCACUCACUGCCUGUUUGCUUAAAAAAUGAGACACCUGUUUCCUCGAAUGUUCGGCUGAAGUGGGACACUCUCUGCAGAGCAAAAUAACUCAGUCCUGAUCGAGGCUGAAAUAUGAAAGCAGAGACAGAGGAAGGUGAAAGAGAUGUACGAAAGGAAGAGAGAAGAAGAAGACGGAGAAAAACAUGGGGGCUCAGUUAUUUUGCACAUCUGUGACUUAGUGUACGGCCCCUUCAGGAGGUAGGCUAGUGAAAUUAGGAGCUCCCAGGUGUUUGGUGAUCAACUUUUUGGUCUUAUCCUGUUGGCUGUCUAUUGAGUUAACUAUACUCAUGAGCCUCUUAGUUUACCACAGUACGACAAAGUUCAAUAAAUGUCAUUUUAGCGUCCAAACGGACAGACCUGGGGUGCCGACAGGGCUGAUAAUAGCAGAGAUGGACACAAUUCAUGUUUUAAGUCCAAAUCAAGUCUCUAAUAGUGUCAAUAAAAACUUGAUCAGAAAGAUCUCUGAGUCUCAAGUCUAAGCCACAUCAUGUUGAUGUAGUCCAAGUCUUAGACCUCUUCAUGUUGCUCACCUUAACUCUUCAGUGCCAUCAGGAUAGAGUACACAGUGCAGCUCUGCGCAGAAGAGAGAGGACAAUAAGAUGAAGGCCUGGAGAAAACUGCGUGGACAUGGUCUGUGGUCACUACACACGAUAACCAUGAGUCCAUGUCAGCAUUGAUGUAAACUCACCUGGAAGUUUUCAGCUAUGAUAGAGAUACAAGGACAUGAUCCUGCUACUGAGGUCUGUAUCUAAGGAUGUGAAGGAUGUGUCUCCCAAAGAUCACAUUUGUGUUUAUCAAUAACAGAAUGAAAGAUGUCAUGUUUAAUCUCUUCAAAAAAAAAAAAAAAAACAGUUCAGGUUUUAAUGCUGUAAAUUUCUCCAAAAGUUCAGGUCAGGUGAAAUUCUUAUGCGAGGCCAUGAACAUCAGCAAGACAACAUGAUAGGCUGGAUUUGUCUUUUAAUGGACCCCGCGCACAAACACACGCGCGCCUGCACAUGCACACACACAUGUACGCACACACUCAGAGUCAGAGUUGUAAUAUAUCUGGCUCGCUGCCAUCAAAGCACUCUGAGCUGAUUUCUUUACUUACACUCUCUCACACACACACUCACGGGGGGGGGGGGGGGGGGUCUCGGGGUCAGGCUGUAAAUCCAACAGUCUGAUUGUACCUUCAGGGAAACUUCUUGAAUGUUGCUUGUCCAUCUGUCUCCUCUGUCCUCAGCCGUCUGGCCUUGUUUCAGUCUUCAAUGAAUUUAAGGGCGUUGAGAGCUGUCUGCUCCUGUUUGAUCGACCCUCUUCAUGUCACUCUCUUUCUCUCUCUCUCUCUUUCUCUCUCUCUCUCUCUCUCUCUCCUCAGUCUGAACUACAGCGGCAUGUGUUUGGCAUCGGACACUCAGUUCAGCGACUUCUUGGACGGGAUGGGACCUGCCCAGUUCGUCGGGCGACAGACGUUGGCGACAACAUCCAUGGGUGAGAGGAAACAUAUGUCCAUAAUCUCACAGCCAAAACACAAAUCCUCUGAGAGCUGCAGGAGUUGAUCCCUGUCUACAGACCGUCUAAAGUCAAUUAAACUGUAUGUGUUCAGAAAAAGGGAGGUUUCUGUGUGUGUUUGUAUAAAGCUGUUGGUUGUCUAACAUGCACCAGUUAGUAACCAAAGAAGGAGGAGGAGGAGGACUGGUUGGUAUUAGACAUAAAAAACUGUACUUUUAGAUGUUUUUGAUUUUGAGGGUCAGAGCUUUUUGUCCUCAAAGGCCACCGUCUCUUUACCAGUGAGAAUGAUAAGUAAGGGGUGAUCAUAAAGUACCAGUAAAAGCAGUCAGACUCUGGUUUUCUGGACUUUAAGAGUUUUGUAGGGCAGUCUGGAUCACCUAACUCCUUGUUCUCAUAAAACUGGGCUGCCACUGUUGGCUGUAAAGUUUUGUAGCUUGUAAAGAAAAGUCUGGGGAUCCCGUCUUGUUCAGCCUUUUGUUCCUUGUGGACUCAAAUAACAUUUAAAAUGAAGGUGCCAGAAAAACAACAGCAGAAAAACAACAGCACUGCUGAGCUGAGAUCCACAGAUUCCAAAAACAUUGGACCUGCAGGCGUCUCUCACUCUCUGUAAAGUCUGAUUUGGAUGAAUUUUUGCUCUUUGACUUACUGGGCUCUAUAGAUCUUUUUCACAGUACACGGAAGUGAGCAUUCUGCGUUAGCGUAGCAUUCUGCGUGUGCGCAGAGAUCACAUCAUAAACUCCAAAAAUGGCAUUAAAAUUGGAACCAUCUGUGCGUAAAUGACAUCAAGCAUCAAGCUCCGUGGCCUGGCUCUUUCUCUCAUAGAUGUUGGCAACAUAAGCUUGGCUCACAAAACUGAAUAUUAUAAUAUUUGUAUGUAGGCGUAAAGUAAAAAACUCAUCUGAUCACUGAAACAAAUCAUCUGUUCAGCCGCCACAGCAGCAGGUGCAGCAGGACGGGGAGAGGACACGGAGACAUGUCCAGGUCGAGCUGCGUGAGAAAUAAGAGGAAGAGGAAGAAAGAAAAGGAGGGAGACGAAUUACAUAUCUUGUUUACUUCAUCAUUUAUUUACUAGAUAUUUAAUUUAAUUUGAUGGGGUUUCAGCUGUGUUGAUUCGGUCAGUUUGAGUGUCCAAACGCGUGCCAAACGCGCUCAUCAGAUCAGAUAUAGAUCAGAAUAUAUCUAUAUAGAUCUAAAUGUAUGUGCUGACUCAGAUUAAUAGUUGUUGAUGAUUAUUUAUUGCACUGAAAUGUGCCUGACACUGUGGAAACCUGCCGGUGAGGCAUCGGUGACGUAUGCCGAUACGCCGCCGGUCUACCAAAAUACCUCUAGACCAGCUGUGCUCUGCCUGCGCUGAAAGCUGACCAGGUUUGAAUCGGCGAGCUUUCAGCGCACUGUAUACGCCGGUGGCGAGCACGAAAAAUGUCACUGCACCCGCUGAUUCUGUCAACACCGCCCCCUGCCACGCCACCACACCCAGCUUGGCGGAUCUCGGUGCGCCUCAGUCCACGAAAAUACCAAACUAGCUGUACGCCGGGCUCAGACGGCUGAAAAUACAACUGCGCGGGGUCCGCCACCCUUGGUCGCCUCACCGGCGUACACGAAAAUAGAGCCCAUGGUCUCUCACUCUGAGCGAAAGUGAUUGCAGUUCUUUAAUGUCUUUUUUUCUAAAACUGAGCUGAAAGAGAAAAAAGGACAUUUCUUCAUGAAUAAUUGGUUUAAUAGUUUAUGAGGAAAAACAGCCCGUUUCUUCAUAAAACUGCACCAAACAGUGGCUGAAAGCACCUGCAGAGGAAAGUGCCUCAUAAAUCUGAUCCUGAUGCAGAGUUCGCCACAUCAUCCACGCUCAGAUCCAUUUGCAGGUGCUAUAUAUUCAGGAUAUAUCACACCAGCAGUGAUCUACUGUAAGUGGGUCAGUUUCCUUGCUGGAUCUCAGGCAGCGUCCUUGGCGAAAUAACAUUGACUGGGACUGGACCGGCUCCACUUCAAACCUGCAGCCCGGUUCAGAGUUAUAUAACAUCAGAGGACUCCGAAUAACUUUGGCCGGUGUCUGCUCUUUGUCACUUUCAGAGGAAUGCCUUUGUCAUGUUGGGGAGGUUCAGCUGGAGCAGUGAUUCACUCUGACUAUCAGAGAGAGGAGAAAAUAAAGUUUCAUACCUCAGAUCACAUAAAAGUCUGAUUUAAACCAGAUUUAGAUCUCCAGGACUACCAAACCACAAAACUAGGUCUGAUUUGCUGUUUGUAAAAACUCCAACAGCUGUGAGGAUGCUGCUUGAAAAUCUGACCAACACUUCAUACAUCUGUAAAUAUGUCAUAUCUUUCCGAAAGAGCUCACUCUCACCUGUGUUUUCAACCCACCAGGUGACAUAGAGAUUGGUCUGUCAGAGCGGAACGGGAGUCUGGAGGUGGAGGUGGUCCAGGCCAGAGGACUCAUCAUGAAACCCGGUUCAAAGGGACCCCCAGGUGAGUCAGAACCACUCUACUCUGCAAACUGAUCAAUCAGACAAGUCACAGCUGAAUUUUUUACGGGCUGUAUGUGGCUCAUGUUUUGUUAGCCACCAUCUUAAACCUGCAGCUAACAUUUGAAAUCAUGGGAAAUAUGUCCUCCACAAACUGGGACCUACAAGACAGGAAAGUCAAAAAUUCUUUUUAUUGAGGAACAGCCAAACAGAUCAAAAGGUCUUCUUAUAGAGGAACAACCAAACAGGUCAAAAGUUCUUAGAGGAACAACCAAACUGAGUAAUGAGCCCAUAUAAGGUGGACUGAGGGGACAAGGAAAACUGUGCUGGGGUCUGAGGAAUUGAAAUCUGACAUCCUUUUGGAAAUCUUGGAUGCCUCAUUCUUCUCUUCUCAAAGAACAGAGACAUGGGCUUGUUUCCAAAACUCCAGAAAACAGUCCCCUGAUUCAUUAACAUUAAAACCACGAGAAGCAUGAACCUGGAUCUCCUUUUUAAAAAAUGAGUCAUAGUUUUCACUAGUCAGAGAAAGGAAACAGUUCUGGCGUUAGGUGAACAUGGCUCUGUUCUUCUUCUGUUGUUUUAGUAUUUUGCUGUAAGUUGGGUUGUGUAACAGCAAACUAUUAACUCUGAUUGUACUUCUCCUGUGCAGUUGCGUAAUAUUAAAGCAGCCAUUGAUCCUAAUUGCAUAAGAACAAAGCAGCGCCAGAAUACAGGGAAAACCAAAAACCACGAGAAUGAGAGGAUGACGAACUGAGAAAAGCAGAGGAGAGAGGAGAGUGGGUUUGUGUGAGCGAUGGAAAAAGACUUGAAUGAGAGCAGAUGAUGAUGUCUUUAUAAAGUUAACUGAUAUUGGUCCAUAUGUCAGAAUGACAACAUGCUUCAGGGCCUGUAUGUUUGUGUGUUUCACUCAGUCACAGUCAAACUUAUAUCCUCCAGCGUCGUUUCAGCUCAUGAGACCAAGUAACACAUUUUCAUCUUAAGUGAUAAAGCUGCGAGACAGAUGUUUGCUGCAUUAUUAAUGACUUUAUCUUCCUUUAAAGCUGUAAGAGUGCUGCAGGACUGAUGAAGGACUCGGUGUGAAUUGGUUGGAAACAUUUAUCUCUCCUUUAUUGUGAUUUUUCUCUUUCUAAAACUUCAGCAGACUGAAACUUGAAUGUUUUAGACAGGGCUCUCUGCGGGGGUUUUCACUGCUCAGAUUUAACUCCUCUGUCUGCUCUGCUUUCAGCUGCCUACAUCAAAGUUUACCUUCUGGAAAAUGGGAUCUGUGUGGCCAAGAAGAAAACCAAGUCCGUGAGGAAGUCUCUGGACCCUCUCUACAACCAGGUCCUGGUCUUCUCUGAGAGUCCGCAGGGGAAAGUCGUACAGGUGAGAUGCACCAUCUUUUUUGAAAGUGUGCAAACCAGCGAGAGGACCGAAGGCAAAUACAAACUCUGUUCCAAAAAUGUUCAGACAAAUGAGGUCAAAACUGAUAAACCGUGCAAAGAAGAAACAGGAUCCAGAGGAGACAAAGUGAUAGCUGGGUAAUAAAUGUUGAGAUGCUUGGCUCGUGUGUUUUGAUAGACAUCGGUGGAGGGAGCUUCUGAUUUCUUAGCAUGGACUUCAGCAGAACUUGGCUUUUCUGAAUCGGGAAAUGACAGAUGGAAAAAGCACUGCUGAUUUCAGCGUUUUUCAUUAUCCAGUGUGAAUGAGUUUGAUGAAACUCGGAGGACAGCGACACAGACAGCAGAUAAUUAAGAGGGAGGCGUUCAGCAGCUAAUUACACAGCGAGGAGAGGAGCCAAGCAGCCUGAGGCAGAUCUGCAGGACUCUCCUCUGAACACAAGGCUGUUUCCACCUGCUGAUUACUGAGCAAACAGGCAGCACAACAGCUUUAGACAGACGUGUGAGGGAUGAUGCCAGGGGUUAGUAAAACAAGGUGAGGGACGGCAAAGGAGAGAGAAAAAAAACAAAAAGGCUCAGAGAGAAGAAGAAGAAGAAGCAGAAGAAGAAGAAGAAGAAGAAAAGGAGGAGGAGGAGAGAGGAAAACACUUCAAAAUUUAGCAGAAAUUAAGAAUUACACUAAAGAGGAGGAAAGUGAAGGGACAGGAAUUAAGAAAGUGAAGAAGCUGAGAAGCUGAAGACAAACAUAAGAUGGUAAGAAAAAGAGACAAAGCUGAAGAGACAGGACAGAAGAAAAAGAAAAUGGAAGAACAAAUGACUGCAGAGGAGAGGUUAAAACUUUAUAAUCAGUCUUUUUCAUCCAUCUUUUCUAACCCUAAAACUCAAACUAAAGACUUCAUUUAAUCUGCUCUGUUGGCCUGCAGGUCCCUCCAGUCAGGUCCUCCAUGUAAAUGUCAAACUUUCACCUCAAGACCUCCUGAACCCUUUUUUCUCCUUCAACCUCAAAGAGACAGCAAACUCACAAUCCUCAACCCAUGUGGUCCACCAGAAAGUCUCCACUUUGUGUUUUGAGGUGAAAAUCAAUAUAUCAUAAAAUCUUCUGGAGAUGUCCAUGUUAGAUUCAUUUCUCCGUUAAGAGACUUUUGAAAAACCUCUGCUCAGAAGAGAUUUGGAUGCUGUAUAAAGCUCCUCUUUUACCAACUCUCUGUAGACCUUAGUGGACCCAGCAGACCAGGUUCUGGAGUCUGAAAGUCAAAGGUUGUCCCAUUCUUGCCUGAUAGAGGACUAUGCUCUGAUAACAAGUUGGGUCUUAUAAGAGCAGAGACAUUUUGACUCCUCAGACCACAAGCCAUAAACUCUGAUGAUCCCCAUACCAUCAGGGAAGCUGAUUUUGGACUUUGAGCUGAGACAGGUGGUCCCUGUCCUCUUGAGAGUAGCAGACAUGAUAUCCACGCUUUCCAAAAGGAAUAUCAGAUCUUGAUUGAGAUUCUGAGUCCAUGCGGUGAUUCCUACUACAGAGUCCUGUCUGUUUUUAAUGCUCUGAGGAUCAGGACCAUCUGGACUGGAUUUGGACUGGGGGCUGAGAACCAGCCAAGAGGUCCUUCUACUCUUUAAAACUAAGAAUGCAGCAUCUAUGAUUUACAAUUCUUCAUUGGAGAACUUCUUUGAAGACUUACUUGAGAGUCUCAAGUAAAACCAGUUGUCCUUUCCAUGCUGUGAUUUUCACUCCAGAGUCCUGUCUGUUUUUAAUGCCCUGAAGAUCAGGACCAUCCAGUCCUGGUUUGGGUCCUUGUCCCUUUAGUACAGAGAUUUCUCCAGAUCCUCUGAAUCUUUGAAUGAUAUUGUGGACAAAAAAAAACAGUUUCCAUUUUCGAUGUUUGAUAUGUUGUCUUUGCUCCAUUUUCAGUUGAAUAUAGACUUAAUUCUUAAUUCUGUCCUCAUCAACAUUUCGUACAGCCUAUCUUAUUGAAUUGGGGUUAAUAAGUCGAGGACAGUAACACAGCAAACAUGAAUGCAGGUUAAAGAAGCACUAUAGCACAGCAAAAACACCUAUGAUACAGAAAUCUCUUUAGAGUCAGAGGGUCCAGACUUAGCAGGCUCAGCUCUAGUGUAAACCUCUUCCUCACACAGCUCACAAAUUGGUAUGCUGCCAUGCACAGACACAGGACCAUCACAGGAAGGGACACACAGGCUGACAGAUAUUAUUUUCCCACUGCCUGACAAGACGUGGGGCUGUUUGAGAUGAGCCCUGAUGUUAUCAGGAUGUCAAGGGAUAGAGGACACCUGCUGUACACACACACACACACACACACACACCCAUCUUGAAGCACAAAUACACGCACAACCUUUCAUUACUCAGAUUGAAAACUCAGUUUGCUCUGUGGUGCACGUUCAGAAAGAAACCUUUAGGAUCCAAUCAUGCUGAAGAACAGAUUUCAAAACUAUGUGGAUAUACAAUAAUAAGCCCCACCCCCUUUACCUCAUCCCUGUAUGGAUAUACAUAUAGAUCUGUUCUGCUGUCUGCUCUCAUUCCCUUUAAGAGCCGGGUGCAUUUACACAGCUGGUUUUAGCCUUCCUACUACACCAGACUCCUCUUCUUCUUUGUUUCUAAAACUAUAAAAUAAUGCCAUUAUUGGUUCUGCUUUACAACUGUUAAAGAAACCAUUGUGUGUUUGCAUGUCUGUGCACGCAUGAUGGAAAGCUUGAUGACAUCUCCGUCUGGUGACACUGCCCUCAUCUUCUGGUAUCUUGGGAUUGGCGCCAUACUGUAUGAUGGUGUAAAGCAGUGCUUCUCAAUUAUUUUCUGUUACGCCCCCCGUAACAAGAAGAAAACUUCGCGCCCCCCACUCCCCACCGUGACUAUCCAUCUCUGCAUAACAUUUUAUCCUUAUUAACAUUAAAGAAAAGAAAAAAAGAAAGACAUAUGGUCAAACUUACAAAGAAUAACUUUAUUAAAUCGUGUUUUAAGUCUGCAACAGAAAAGAUUUUAAGUGCAUCAAUGCCUGAAAUUAAAAAUAAAUAAAUCCUUGUUUAAACUGUAAACAUGUUUGACCAACUAAUUGCACCAUUGCAAAAUUAAAUCAAAUCAAUAAAUAAUAUUUAAUAAUUAUAAUAACUAAUAAACUACAAAAACUAAAAAAAUGAUAACUAAUUUAUAUUCAGUUCAGCAACAUUAACUCAGGAGCACAAUAUAUAAAACACUUGAACCUACAAAACAAAAAUGAAUUAAACAAUUUGUGCUCUUUUUUUCUUUCUUUUUUUGAUCAAAAUGAGGAGGAAGUCAGGUUUAAUGGCUACAAUGAGCACGUUUUGCAGUGCACAGCUUUUCGAAGCAAGGUUCGAAGCAUGAUAGUGCAACUCUCAGCUCCUGCUCAAUGUUUAGCUGGGACCUGUACUUGGUCUUCAGUGCAGCAAAAGGAAGCAGAAUGCUUAUAGCUUUCUCCCCUAAGAGUGGAUACUGCCUCUCUACACUCAGCCAGAAUGCACUGAGUGUCUGUGAUGUGAACCUCAGUCUCAAUGUGGAGUCAGACGUCAUGUCAAUGAACUGCUCCUCUUCUGCAGAGCUGAAACCAGUUGGAGCUGGUGCACUGAAAGGGUCUCUCACCCAGUCAUACUGGGAACUGUUUUCAGGGAAGUACUUUUUAAAGAAUCCCAUCAGUGAAGAAAUAUGCUGCUUAAUGUGUGGAAUCACUGAGAUAGCAUCAUAGUCAUUAGUGUCCACAAAUUCAUGCAGGUUCUCAAAUGAAUCGGUGUUUCCUUCAUCAAGUUGCCUGCCCCACAUUGCAAGCUUUCGGGUGAAAGAGCUAAUCUUGUCUGUGACCUGAGGGAGGUGUUUAUCUUUCCCUUGAAGCUGUAGAUUCAGUUCAUUUAGCUUUCCAAAUAUGUCACUCAGGUAGGCCAGUUUUCCCAGGAACUUCUCAUCACAAAAUUUUUCUGCCACUUCAUACUUGUGCUCCUGCUCCAAAAACACUCUUAUUUGCUCUCUGAGCUCAAAAACUCGGGACAAGACUUUUCCUCGUGACAACCACCUUGCUUCACUGUGAUAGAGCACAGCUUGAUGUUCAGCUCCCAUCUCCUCACAGAUGGCAGAGAAGACUCUUGUUUUUAGUGGUCUGGGGCCUCAUUUAUAAAACCUGGCGUAGGAUCCAUACUAAAAGUGUACGUAAGUCGAAAAGCUGAAAAGUGCGUAGGCAAAAAAAAAAUCUGAUUUAUAAAACCCUGCCUACGCACACCUGCACGCACUUUCACUUUAUAAAUCACAGACCAGCCAGAAAGUUGCGCAGCAGGGAUUUGAUUCAUGCCCCGCCCUCUCCACACCCAAAAUUCACCAUGUAUGGUCAUGCAAAUUACCUCAUGAAUGUGAUUUGCAUAUAAAUAAGCCUGAUGGAUCCAUGGCAUUUCACGCUUAACCAUGGCAUCAGCAAGUCGUAGAAAAAGAAACUUUUCAGAGAUCGAGGUGGAGGUUCUUGUAAUUGAGGUGGCGGCGAGACGGGAGACCUUAUUCGGCGGCCAUUCGAGUGGCAUCACCAAUAAAAACGCCGUUGCCGUGGCGGUAAUUGCGGCUGGCACUGAGCACAGCGUUGCCCAAACAGUGUUGUUUUCGUCAUAUUUCGUCAAAUAUUUUCGUCAACGCCAGCGUCAAAAAAGGGAAAUGUGUUGUUCUCGUUGACGAAAAUAUUUCCCUUUUCUUCCACGACGAAGACGUAACGUUGACGAGCUAAACAUAAGUCGGAGAUGACUAAAAUGUGACAAGAAAAAAGUGCGUUUACGUUGAUGGGACGAGACAAAAAUGACGAACAGAGUUGAAAAACUCAGUCAGUUAAACGCUAAACAUAUCGGAGCAGCUUCUGUCCACUCUGACAGCUCUCAUCAGCCUGCUGUGCUCCUCCAACACACAGACACACACGCGCGAGUUUUGUUUUCGUUGACAAUGACGUUGACGAAAACAACACUGUGCCGAAAUCAAGAAGAAGUGGUCUGAUCUAAAGGUGGAGGCAAAGAAAAAAGUGGCUUUGCACCGUCGGAGCGUGGCGGUGACAGGUGAGGAUCAGAAAAAACAAGCACGUGUGACACUCAUGCAUGUGUUCCAAAAAGAAACUGCUCCGAUAUCCACCGCUGCUUAUGUGGUGAAAGUUCGUAAACCAAAAAGAUUUAGUCAUAUUAAUCUUAAAACAAAUGCAUGUAAAUGGAAUUUGUUUUUUUGCACAUUUGUAAAUUCAAAUUGGCAAACUUUCUACACCGCCACAGUGGGGUCUGUGCUUUCUGCGAGCAUCACUGCCUGUUACAGCAGCUGCAGCUCUCAGGACAGAGAGGCCCUGCAUCGAGUCAUCCGUUGUGCUGAACGCAUCACCCGGACUGUUCUCACCUUGCUCCGAUUGCCUCCAAAAAGUGCGUAAGCAAGGUGUGGAGUUUGCUUAAAGUUGCACACAUUCCUACACUAGUUUUUCUUUUAUAAAUCCCAACUCUUGCGUAAGAAGUGGCGUAAGCACUUUCUAGCCAGGUUUUGUGCGUAAGCAAGCUUUAUAAAUGAGGCCCCUGGUCUUUAUAAAAUUGACUACAUCAAUGAUGUCAGUCAUAACCUCACUUAAUUCAGGGGAAAGUUGCCUGGUUGCAAGUGCUUCUCUGUGUAUAAUACAGUGUGUCCACUCAGCAUGAGGUGAGGCUGUCUUGAUGAGUGCCCUAAGUCCUUUUCUCUUCCCUGCCAUGGUUUGUGCACCAUCACUGCAAACACCAAUGCAGUUCUCCCACUUUAGCCCAUUCUCAGUCAAAAAGGAGUCCAGAAUUUUGAAUAGCUCUUCAGCUGUGGCUCUGUCUCUGACAUAUUUACAAAAAAGUAGAUCCUCACACAGGGAGUUUGACAAGUCAAAACGUACAUAAGCAAUAAACAGACAGUCUUUGUUGCUGUCAGUUGCUUCAUCAAAUUGUAAGGCAAAACGUUUGUCUUUGAGUUUAUCUACCAGCUGUUCUUGAAGAUCGUUAGCAAUGUCAUCUAUACGUCUGGCGACAGUGUCAUUGGACAGAGGGAUAGUUUUUAGUUUUGCUGCACUGGCGUCGUCCAGCAUGACAGAGACCAUGUUUAAUGCUGCAGGCAGUAUCAGCUCCUCUGCUAUGGUGUGGGGCUUUUUGCACUGCGCAAUUUGGUACGCCACCUUAUAUGAUGCUAACAGCGCUUGAUGGUUUACUGAAGUAGCCUUCACAAAGCGGGAUAACUGUUGGCAAUAUUCAGCACGUUUUCGCUGAAAAAACUCUAGCAGCUUAUCGGCGUGAUUGGGGUGUAACGUAUUUAAGUGACGCGCUAAUUUAUUUGGCUUCAUGCUGUCCGCUGCGAGCAUUUUUAGACACAGCAAACACACCGGUCUUUCCUCUUCUCCAACUGUAGUCACAGUGAAGCCAAGCGCUAAAUACGCUUCGUCGUAUUUCCUCGUCUUAGCUUUCGGGUGAUUUUCUUUUGUCUCAUUAUCUUUGUCUCUCUCCGCUUUUCUUUUCAUCCCUGUUAAAAACUUUUUCAUGUUGGGGGUUGUUAUGUUGAAUAACGGAGGCUAUAGACAGAACGCAGUCGGAGCUUUCUGUUGACUCAACACUGCUAACCAAGGCAAACCUGUUGUCUUGUAAGUCGUAAAGUGUCGCAAACGUGACAGAAGUAACAAUGAGAGCGCCACUGCCGCCUACUGUAGUGGAUGCGCAAUUACACUUUAUACUAGUACGGCCAAAAAAAAAAGCCUGUUCCCCAGGGUCACACGCGCCCCCCCAGGUAUCGCCCCACUAUUUGAGAAGCACUGGUGUAAAGAGACCAGGGAAGAUACUUGCAGCCUUUACGGUUUACCACGCCUCAUUUGAAGACGCUUUAAGAGACUCCACUGAGUGCCAACACUGGUGCAAGUUCACUCGAUAAUAUACAUCCUGGGACUUGAGUGUAAAAGUUAUUAAGUAUGGUUAUGAGUAACUUUGAUUUCUCUCUGAUUUGAUAUAGUCAUCUUAAAACUGCUAAAGUAAUGUCAGCAAAGAUUAGCAGCUAUUGCAAUCAAGAGACAAACUCCGAACCAACGAGGAAUCAGUAAAGCUUCAGUAUCUUCUAACCGCUAACAUUUCCUAUAAGUGGACAGGAGGUCGAUCUGACACUGUGUUUGUUAGAGGAACCAUUUGGCAGAACAAAGAAUCACAAUGAGGUUCUCACAGUGAUGUUCACAAAAUGUAAGCUAAUUUAGUCCAGAUAUCGGUAUUAGUAUCCAAAAGGAAGAACUACCUUCACAGCAUCUUCUUAUUUGGUCCAUUCUUACUCUGGUUCCAGAUACUUUAUAAGUUUUUGGGCAUUUGAGGCAAACUUUUAAAUCUGUCACUUUACAAAAGGUCAUAAUUCUUUAAAGUAUUAUACAAUCAUCUUAACCUCUGUACUCACCUGUUUUCAUCUUCUUCUGUUCCAGGUGAUCGUUUGGGGCAAUUACGGACGGAUGGACCGCAAAUGCUUCAUGGGUGUUGCACGAAUCCUAUUGGAGGAGCUGGACCUCAGCACGGUGGUGAUUGGCUGGUACAAGCUCUUCCCUACCUCCUCCAUGGUAGACCCAAAGAUGGCGCCACUUAUUCGCCACUGCUCCCAGAUGUCCCUGGAGAGCACCAUUGGGCCCUGCUGUGAGAGAUCCUAAGGCCCUGAAAUAUGAAGUUUGUUGAUUUGACUUUGAUUUAUUGCAGUGUCACCAAACUCUCGGGUACAUUUUUACAAACUCUGUCGCCCUGCAAGGGUCAGAGAGGCGGAGACACGUGGUGAGUAUCCUACUGGAGGCACUCUGACAGGUCCAACCAUGCUUGGUUACCAAACAACCUUUCUAGCUUGUAGGUGAGCUCUGAAAUGUUUGGGAAUCAGCCGCAAGUCUUUUGAUAUUUCCUCCGACUGUUUCUCAACGCUCAAUGGAGCCACGUUUCUUUUGUUGUUGUAACGGAGAGCCCCUCAGUCUCACAGGGAAAUUUAGCUCUCUUCAGAUCUCUUUGAUGAAAAACAAAAACCUACCUAAUGAGGAUACUUCAAAAGAGGGCUCGGCUGCCGGCAUCGAUCACAUCCUACCGGGACCACGAUCCACUGCAGGCUCAGCUUUGCUUCAGCUACGCGCCUUCCUAACAGCCAACUUUUGACUCUCAUUUCCAGGACUGCUUCUCGUCUUUGUGUGUUCAUUAGAGGGGUUUGACUGCUCUUGAGUGCUAUCUGUCUGACUAUGAGUUCAGGGAAGGGUAGCACUGGCCUCGGACUGUUUGAGACAGGAGCUGAAGAACAGAUCAUUGGGACACUAGAGGAUGUUUUCAAGAAACAAUAAGCCAAUUUGUUGCAACAAACCAAGACUUCUUGGUCCUGAACACUCUGACUUCAGUUUUCUUUCUGUUUUUAUUUUUGUGUCACACAUUUGGCCCUUUAGUGUUCAGUUUGUUUUGUACUAUCAUUUUGUAGACAUGAAUGAAAACCCCUUUUUGUCUUUUGCAAAACAUAGAAAUCUCUACCUAAUGUUGGGAUCCAGAAUACUGCUGUUUUUUCGACCAAACCAGUUUGUAUAUCGACAAUUCCCCGGCAUUGAUUGAUUUCUUACUAGACUACCAUUAUUUAUAUAGGACCCUCUGCUAUCGUCAAAAAUGUGGCAUCAGGUAAUGACCCAUACAAAUAGACUGUAUAAAGAAUGGACAGAGUCUGCCUCCUUGCUGGGUGAAGCCACUCCAAAAACAGCACCCUCUGUUGAUGGGCUGCAGUAUAGGUCAUAAAUCCCGCCUCCGCCAGCAAAGCUUAUGGAUCUGUGGACAAACUUCAGAAAUUUAUUACACAGAACAUAAAUUUUUCUCCCCCCUGCUUGUGAUGUUGACAUGUAGUUACAGUAAGACUGGUUUGUGCUCAAGUCCUCUUUUUUCUGUGAAGCUCCGUUUUUAAAAAUUAUUAGGGGGUUCAUGUUUUCAAUGAUUGACACCUGAUACAGCCUAUGGGCAUUCAAGGAUUGCGUAGCUCUCCCUGGGGAUACGCUGUUUGAGCCGGCGACUGCGUGCCCAAAUGCACGCAUUGCUACUGCACGGCGCUGGUUUCAGGAAAUGAAGAGAAAUCCCAGAAAUACUGAGAGCUAUUUGGCUUCAAAUCCUUAUACAGGCGGGAGGUGGAACCAAGUUGUCCAUAGUAUAUACAGCCUAUGCCCAUACACCAGUCAAUGAACCAAUCCAAUACCAUGACUCAUGAGCCCCAAAAAUCAACAGUUUUUAGGUAAAUCAGGCUGAGAGUAACGUGAGCCAAGCAACCAAAAUUAUAGCAACUUCUUCUUUUGUCUUUCCAGUAAUUUGUAGAUGUGAACUCUGUUGGUAUUGGAGCUAAUCUUGGUAUUGUAAAGGAGAGCGAGCAGGUUUUGAGUUCCUGAGAAUCACAGUAAAAUUAGGAUCUGAGAACCUGAGCGUUUCCCUCAGAAAACUGCAGUGUUGGGUUUGGUUGUGGCAUCAUGGCACCUGGUUGUUUCCAUUGAUACACGAACUCUGCUCCUGAUCUUGUUGUUAAUUCACCAAAAUCACAUCACUGACCUUAAACAAGAAGAGUUUGGGUGUUUUAGCCUGCCAAUAGUAAUGCAUAUGAUUUCAAUUUGAUCAAUAAUCCAGAUACAUUUAUGAUGAAACAGCCAGGUGCUAACGUGUUUGAAAUAUUGACGUUUUUUUGUCGUUAUUCGAUUCAUUUUUGUCUUGUUUUUGUGAUAAAAUUCUACUCCAGCCUGACAGUCCAAAUGCAGAGGGGGGAUAAUGUACUUUAUGGUGUGUGACUCUAAUUUAAAAAGUCCAAUAAUCAGUAACCAAUCAGGAUCGUAGCCUGGCUGAGAGCUUGCUGUAAAUCCCAGUGUCACUCGUCGUUUGGCCCUUUAGCUAAAAUUAGACGCCAUUUUCUAAGAUCCCUCCUUCCUUUUGUUAAAGCUUUGGUGAACAGUUGUCUAAUAACAGUUACUACUGUGCCAAUCAAUUUCUACCAGCAAGUGUCUUCUCCUUCCUCUUCUUUGGUUCUCUUCAGGCCUGAGUUAUUAUGAGGGAGAACCAAAACCAAGCGCUCACGGUGUUUAACAGCAGCAUUCAGGCUGUGCAGAGGAGCGUCUUUUUUAUUUGAAAUUACAGUCCUAAUCCACCGACUGCCACGGCACCUGGUGAUUAGCCGAGCUACGAGGAAGAGAGGGAGGGAGAGAGGGAGGAAGAGUAAAAUGUACUCUGCAUCAUCAGAACAAAAGGAGGGACGUCUGAUUUUAAACAUAGGAUGAGUUUAAAGGGAACACAAUGUGCGCACUGUAGAGAAGUGUAUCGUUUAUUACAGAUUUAAAGGUUCUGUAUCUUUAUUUGGGCACUUUCAUGUCUUUUCACUUGUAAAUAUUCUGGUUGUUCGUGUCUUUUGGAGUGAGCAAAAGUGAAUCUAUGAUAGCAGAUUAAUGUUAAAACUCCGGGGAACUCUUGGAGAUGGGAUACCCUUGCUAGUUACCGUAAGAUUGUAGCAUUAGCUGGUAGCAUCCGCAUGAUUUAUGAAUACUUUAAAUUAAUAAGCAGAACACUUGAUAAGACUUAGCAUGAGCUACAAUGAAAGAGGAGAACUGAAAAAACGAAACAAAUGAAUUUCAUUUUUACAUAUGUAGCAGUUUAAUCAAGGGUUUAGGGAGAUUCACUCUAGGUUUUAUUUUUCUUUUUGCAGAUAAACUUUAAGAGAAGACAAAAAAAAAAACAAGUUUCAGACUUUGAGUUGAACUUUCAGACCUUUUCUUUUUCUGAACUCAAAUUUAAAUCAAACACUUGGAGUAACUUAACUCAUGAAACUUUGCAAAACAUGCCUGUGUUUUGCUAGUAGCAGCCUUGCAGGGAUAUUAAUACUGGAUUUAUUUCCAAAAAGAUUUGCUACAUUCAGUAAAGCAAUAAUACAAAAAUCUGAUGUUUCAGCCUUUUAUUCCUCCUGUGAAAAUGACAAAAAAAUGGCAAUCUUCACCGGUGAUUUUCUCUGCGGUCAGAAUCAGCAUAGUCUAAAAAAACAAUAAAACAUGUCGUAUGUUGUGAGUUUAAAACCAUUUAAGUUGUUUCGGUGUAACUUUUUUAUGUUUAAGACACACUUUUAGUAUGUAUUUCAUCAUCUAAAACUCCCAUGCAUGUGGGGAAUGCGUGGAAAUAAAUUACUUUUGAUUUGUAAAUUAGUGAGAAGAAAACAAGCAAUAGUAAAACGUUUUAUACUGUGGCUGUUUAAAAAAAAAAAGGCCUUCAAACAGUGCAAAGAAAAAAGUGAAAUUUAAACAAAAAGUUAUGACGACAGCCAGCAGAAGGGUGGCGCUCAUACAAGUAUGUAACCUAAAGUUCACUCAUGAAAUAAAGCUGUAAAUCAUGAAAAAAAAUUCACAUUCUGCAAAAACGGUUCUUGAAUUUUAAAAAUAUUUAAUGAACCACAGGAAUGUUGAACAAAACACAAACUAUUAUAUGAAAAACAAAAACAAAAGAUAUUUCACAAAACAUGGAAUUAAUUAAGAAGCUAAAACUGCAAUUAAAAUAUUUUGAAUUAUAUUUUUCUUUUAUGAAACAUUUCAGUUUUUAGUGAAACUUGUGGUGGUUAAAGUUUGACCCUCAGUGCCACCAUACUGAUUAAUAUUAUUCAGGGUUAUACUUUCAAAAACAUACUGAUAAAACUUUUUAACUCUGAACACGUGAGCAGAAAAUCACUGGGUAAGAUCCGACAUUUUUUCCUCAGCACAUUCAUACACGUCUGUUCUCAUAACUUGUUUCAGGCUGAGUGUUGUGACGCCUAAAGAAGUCUGUGUUAAAUGAUUCAUAAAUAUAGAAAUAUAAAUUUAACAUAAAAACCUUCUGGCUUUAAGAUGCUAAAUUAUUUAUCAAAAAUCCAUAAGGACUGUGGAAUGGUACAAACAAACAGGUGACUGUUUUUAAAGCUAAUAGAAGAAAAGUUGCAUGAAUGAAAAGUACAUAUAAAUAAUUUAUAUUUAAAUAUAUUUAGAAACUGAUGAGCUCCUCAUAUAGUGACCCUGAGAAUGUGUUUUUGUCCGUGUACUUUUGUGCCAAAUUCAAAUGUACUUUGAGGGCUGACUUCCCGUUUGUGGACCAAUGACAGAGGAAAGUUUACAUAUGUGGUGAAAGAUUUGACCACAAUUAGCUCCCAUUAAGAGAUUAUUUUGUUCAGUGAAAAUGAAGAAGUGUCUGUCAUUUAUUUAACCCUCUGAUGCAUGAAUUAUGAAAGCCCUGAUCAAGAUUUUUUUCAUAAGUGUUUUUAUCAUUCUCAGGACAUAAAAGAACAUGUAAAAUUGUUUUUUUCCAAAAAUGUUAUUUUUUCACAAAACUACAGAAGUGUCCAUUCAAGUGGACUAUAUGCGCCUGAGCACUCAACACAAAACAUUAUGAACUUACAGUAAAAAGUACAGUACACCAAAAUAUGCCAAACUAUCUCCAACAUUGGAAACAAUAUUGUAAAUCCCCACAGUACUAUAAAGAUUCAGGACUGACAUUACCAUGCCCUUAUACGAGCAUGUUGUUUUCAACAACAAAAACUGAUAUUUUAGUUCCUGCAUCUCUAAACAUGUCUCUGCUCAUCACACCUAGGAUGUAUGAAAGUUGGCAAAGCAUCCAGGGCACAAUGGCACACAGGCUUUAUAUGAGCACAGGAUUUGCUCAUAUCUGUUUACAGACAUGGCAUUUGCAAUCAUCCCUAGACGAAGGCCAUCCUCACUAGACCAGUACAUGUGUGCCCUGGGAUAACGAAUGUAGCCCAUGAUCAUUUUGAUUCCUAAAAAAGUCUGCAUUUCUUCUCCUGUCACUGCCAGAUUUUCUUUCCCUUUCUGGGGAGCAUACAACUUGGUGUUUUUCACUAUAUCAUCAAUGAGAUCUGCUGGAAACAGAUGUCUGGUCUAUAGGUCUAUAGGCUCUCUUCCCUCCACAUUGAAUUUCCACUCUCCUAGAAAAGGAGACAUAUCUCUAUCAAAGUGAUUGUCUUGGACUUUCCAGAAAUUUUUGCGAGCUUGAGAAUGGUCAGGUGUCAUGUGCCCAUUUUCCACAGCUCCCUGAUCAUGCUGACCUUCCCCUGCAUCCUGCCUCUCAUCAUUCUGGUCCUCAUCCACUUGACUAUAGGCAUCUACCCUUUCUGCACCCUGACUGUCUGUAUCUCCAUCAUCCUCAGCCCCUACAUGUCUAUUCUUCUCUGGCAGCCACUCUUGGUCACUGUUACACACUGAUUACACUGUAUACACUGAUUUAUAACCAAAACAGCCACAAGUACCAGUGGAGCAAUUACAUGACUCCUGUUAAAAAAAAUACUGGGUGAUGCAUGAUGUCCACUCAGUUGGACACAUGGUUAAUUGUAAUUUUCUACAUAUUGGACAUGAAAUUUUCAAUUCCAAAUGGAUAAUAUCCUUCCUUAGAUGUUACAGUAUAUCAUCAUAUUUUUUUUACAGCUGGGGUUCUUCUACUAUAGAAGUAUUGACAGGACAUGCCAGCUGUAGUCAGCAGGGGUGGCUGUUUCUCGGCCAUCUUGGAUUUGUAGGAAAUUUACUUGCAGUUACACUGAUUACUCACUAAAUGUAACUCAAUGGAGUAGGGCAGUAGAGAGCACCCUAGAGGCUGAUAUACACUUCCACCAUAGAAACCAUUGCAUUUAAGAGAAAAAGAGUUUUUGGUAGCUGUCCACUGUAGUGACCACUAUGAACCAGAGGGUUAAAGGUGAAACUGCAUGAAAAUAAUGGAGACUUUGUGAAUAAGAUCACAGAGAGAGUUGGAAAUGUUGCAGAGGUGGCCAUCAUUGGAGUUUCCCAGUUAUUUAUGAUAAAUCUAACCUGCAGCUGCCGAGAGUGAAAAUUUGACAUUCAGAGUCGUCAUCAGAUUCACUGGAGCUGGAUCUGGAAAGAAAUUUUAGCUGGUGUGAAGAAAAAAAAAGGAAGACUUUGCUUGACUUCUAUCUCAAAAUGUGACUAUUUUUCUUAUUUGGACUUUUUCUCAAAAUGAGGAGUCACUAUCACAAACCUUUGACCCCUAAUCUCAUAAUAUGAUUCAUGUCUCAUCAUUAUGACUUAUUCCUCAUCAUUUUGAUUUUCCCUCUUAAAGUGGAAAUUCAUAAUUUUGAUUUUUAGUUCAUGAUAAAUGUAUUUUAUUAUCUUAUAAUUGCAACAUUCUCAUUCUCAUUUUGACUAUUUUGUCAUAUAACUCAAGUCUCAUUAUUGUACCAAUUUUUUGUAACUGACAAUUUAACUCAGAAUUUUGAUGAAUUAUCUCAUGAUUAGGACUUUUUGCUCAUGAAAAAUACAAAAAUCUACUCUGUAAUAAUUAAGACUUCUCCUUAUUUUGACUUUAUUUUAGAGUUAGACAUUUUCUCAUAAUUAUGAGCUAUUUCCCAAAAUAAAAGUUUGCUGUCUCAUCUUUUCAGCCUUCAGCCUGAUAAGUCUGAAUUUUCAAAUUUUGUGUCACUGUCAUACAUUUUUGACUUUUAAUUUAACAAUUUUUACCUAAUUUUGACUUUUUAUCAGAUCAUCAGAUCAUUUUUACAUUCGCUCAUAAUUUUGAUUCUCUGUUAUCAUGACUCUCUCUCUCUCUCUCUCUAUAUAUAUAUAUAUAUAUAUAUAUAUAUAUAUAUAUAUACAUUUUUUUAAAUAUAUAUAUAUAUAUUUAAAUAUAUAUAUAUUUCCAUCUUACAUAAGGCCAAGCCCUCCUCUUUUUCUUAAACUGGUGUAAAUGGGCUUUAAUAGAAAGUUUAUAUCUGAUGAUGGUUCUCCUUUGAUGGCUACAGCUGCAGACUUUAGCAUCAGGCUUAACUCAUUGCAAACUUUGAUUUCACGAAUGUUGAGAUAAUCUGAGUCACUUUUACAAGUCAAUGAGAGGAAUAUGCCAACACUUACAGCAGUUAAUGUUUGUUCAUGGAGGAGUUGAUUCUGUUGUUUUGUUCAUAAGAAACUUCUUGUUCACCACUCUGAUUUUUUUGUGACAUUUUGUACCUUUGGAGGCAAACCGACGAGCUAAUGAACUUCUGUACAUGUGUAAAUGUUCUAUCUGACAGGUUUUAGCACCAAAAAUGUCCGUGUUUGCAUUCAGCCAUGUUGAUUGUGUCUGCCACAUGGAUGUUAGUUAUGUACUACUACCAAUUUAAUGUAAGUAGAGGCCUUAAACACACAGAUGUAUAUUUUGUCAGGGCUAGGGACUAAGAAAUGUCAUAUAAAUCAAUCAAAAGAUGCAAAAAAGUUUCACCAUUACAACCUAUUACCCAAACAAAUCGGAUUCUUUUGUAAAGAAAUUAUUACCUUUAAGUUUUCUUCAGAUAUUCAGCUGAAUACUCUUGUAUUAUCCACUCUUCUUAGCGUGAGCUAAACUAAACAAACAAGCAAAAAACGUCAUUUUUGCAAAGCAGAUAUUCAAAUAAACAGCCUGUUUCUUAACAAGACUUCCUUUCCAACCCUAGAGAAAUAAAACUAGAGUUUCUGUAUGGAUUAUUGAUGCACACGCUGGUACUUUGUGGUUCAAACUGAGCAGAAGAAGACAAAAGCAAAAAGGACAUUUUCAAUCCAGCCAUUUCCAACACCCAUAAGAGAUGUUAUAGCUUCAGUUUGGGGUCUUGUCUGACUCUGACUGCCUUGAGGUCGACUUUCUGCAGAAAACAGAGAAAGUUGUUACAUCACAGUGGUUCAAACAGGUGACACAAAUGUCCUAUAACUGGACUAAGUUUUCAUGCAUGAAAAAGUAGCCGUAACACAAGGGCUGCCUCUAAAAGUGGACACUUAACCAUUAUUGCAGAAAACUUUAAGCCAGUGGACAUGUCAAAAACUGGACACAGUGUUAGUUCAGGCAGGUCACAAAAGUCAGGCUCAGUCAACAACAUAGCAGCUGAUCUCCACAGCCCAUAUCAGCUGACUGCUUCAGCCUACACUAGCUCCUCUUUACCAUGCUGACUUUACCAUUGUCAUCUUGAUUGUCACUGAUGCCCUCUUUGUCCAUUUCCCAGGGGUCUUUGCUGCUGCUGUCCCUGCUCUUUCUUAUACUGCUUAGCUAAAUAUGCACCCCAGAUUUAUUCAAGAAGGUUUGAGUUUUUAUCUGUUUUUGCAUAAGGUCAACCCAAGAGGUCAAUCCAAGUCCAGGAUUUUUAAAAAAUGUCUGAUAUUUGAGUCCAUACAUGUCUCCUCUUGAGUACUUGGGUUUUCCUGAGUAGGAGUGCUCUGUUAGUGGCUUUCAAAGUGGCGGUGUGUUCAUUCCUACACAUAAAUCAUGGUAAAUUGGUGGAGGAGGGGGAGGACUCUGCAGCUCUUAUGAAACGCUGACUGGUGGAUCCCAAAAGCAACACAUCCCCUCCUUUUCCCAGAGUGGCACCCCAACACAGCUCUCAUUAAAGGGUCCCCCUCACAAGCCACCCGGUGGAUACGCUCGUUUAUGAUGUGCUACAUUAACCUAAUAGCAAACAUUUUCAGGAUGGGUGACUCCAGCAGGAAUUUAUGUGCCAUGUUAUUUUGUAACUCGUGUUCCUCGACACGAGGCUCCAAACCCCAAAUCUUCAACACUGAGCCUCCUUUACAGUCAGCGAAACAAACUCUACAGCCUUUAAUCAGCGGUAUUUUCUAUGAAGGUGAUGUUUUGGUUUUGGGAUGCUGAAUGAGACAGUUUUACAGUCCUCUCAUGCUUUUAGGAGAUUGUUCUGUCGGCAACUUUUGGAAGCAAUGCUAAUGGAAAUAAUUUUUAUAUUUAGUGACAAGAGUUCUUGAGUAGAUCAUACAAUCGUUAUCUCUGCAAACACUUUGUUUCCAUCCCUUCAGCUGUAUAUUUCAUCACCUUCAUUAGAGCUAAUUACUAAAUGGCAGCUCAGUAGCAAAGGAAAUGGAAACCUCACCUAGCCAUACAAGAAUUUCAGCCUUUAUUAUGAGUAUGAAAGCUUUCUUACGAUACCUCUCAUUCCAUCUGGAGAUCAACAUGAAUAAAUAUUAGCAUAAACUACUUUUACUGAUGCAAAUGCCCGUCUGCAUUGCUUUCCAUUUGUUUUUCAUGUGUUUCAAAGAGAUGUAACUUUGAUUUAAGUCACGACACUGUCAUUACAAACACAGUAUUUGCAUAUACUUUGGCAAACUGUUGAAUUGUUGAGUAAAUGCACAAUUUGGUGUAUUGUUAUUCUAUUCCAGCUGUCAAUAAAAUAGUUUAACUCCAGAAGAAGAUCUUUUAUUUCCUUUCUUUUGACUUGUUUUUAC